UCUACUGAAAGGGGGCGUGUCUUUGCGGCUGCGCUGGGCAGGUCUGGUUAAUGGAGUGCCGAGCGCACAGAUCGAGUCAGUGAGGGAGUGAUUUAUCUCUCCUGCCGCUGCUUCGUGCUUGACAGGCGGCCCUGGGCGGAGAGCGGACACGGUGCGGCCAGCAGGGAGCACCAGGGGGAAUGCUGGGACACGGUGAGUGUAUGGCCUGAGCCUGGCUCUGCCUGGAUCCCCAAUAAUGCUGUGAGUGGGCUGGCUCCCCCCAAUAAUGCUGUGAGUGGGGCUGGCUCCCCCCAAUAAUGCUGUGAGAGGGGCUGGCUCCCCCCAAUAAUGCUGUGAGAGGGGCUGGCUCCCCCCAAUAAUGCUGUGAGAGGGGCUGGCUCCCCCCAAUAAUGCUGUGAGAGGGGCUGGCUCCCCCCAAUAAUGCUGUGAGUGGGGCUGGCUCCCCCCAAUAAUGCUGUGAGUGGGGCUGGCUCCCCCCAAUAAUGCUGUGAGUGGGGCUGGCUCCCCCCAAUAAUGCUGUGAGAGGGGCUGGCUCCCCCCAAUAAUGCUGUGAGAGGGGCUGGCUCCCCCCAAUAAUGCUGUGAGAGGGGCUGGCUCCCCCCAAUAAUGCUGUGAGAGGGGCUGGCUCCCCCCAAUAAUGCUGUGAGAGGGGCUGGCUCCCCCCAAUAAUGCUGUGAGAGGGGCUGGUUCCCCCCAAUAAUGCUGUGAGAGGGGCUGGCUCCCCCCAAUAAUGCUGUGAGAGGGGCUGGCUCCCCCCAAUAAUGCUGUGAGAGGGGCUGGCUCCCCCCAAUAAUGCUGUGAGAGGGGCUGGCUCCCCCCAAUAAUGCUGUGAGAGGGGCUGGCUCCCCCCAAUAAUGCUGUGAGAGGGGCUGGCUCCCCCCAAUAAUGCUGUGAGAGGGGCUGGCUCCCCCCAAUAAUGCUGUGAGUGGGGCUGGCUCCCCCCAAUAAUGCUGUGAGUGGGGCUGGCUCCCCCCAAUAAUGCUGUGAGUGGGGCUGGCUCCCCCCAAUAAUGCUGUGAGAGGGGCUGGCUCCCCCCAAUAAUGCUGUGAGAGGGGCUGGCUCCCCCCAAUAAUGCUGUGAGAGGGGCUGGCUCCCCCCAAUAAUGCUGUGAGAGGGGCUGGCUCCCCCCAAUAAUGCUGUGAGAGGGGCUGGCUCCCCCCAAUAAUGCUGUGAGAGGGGCUGGCUCCCCCCAAUAAUGCUGUGAGUGGGGCUGGCUCCCCCCAAUAAUGCUGUGAGAGGGGCUGGCUCCCCCCAAUAAUGCUGUGAGAGGGGCUGGCUCCCCCCAAUAAUGCUGUGAGAGGGGCUGGCUCCCCAAUGCUGUGGGAGGGGCUGGCUCCCCAGCCAAUGCUGUGAGAGGGCUGGCUCCCCAAUGAUACUGUGAGAGGGCUGAAACCAUGAGAAAUGCUGCUGUGAGGUGGGGCUGGCUCCCCAAUGAAUGCUGUGAGUGGGGCUUGGCUCCCCAAUGAAAUGCUGUGAGGUGGGGCUGGCUCCCCCAAUGAAAUGCUGUGAGGAGGGGCUGAAACCACAAUGCUGUGAGGAGAGGGGGCUGGCUCCCCCAAUGAUAUGAGGAGGGGCUUGGCUCCCCAAUGAAAGUAAUGCUGUGAGGAGGGGCUGGCUCCCUCAUUCUCUUUAAUAUUUUAUUAGUGAUAUUGCAGAAGGUCUUGAUGGUAAGGUAUGUCUUUUUGCUGAUGAUACUAAGAUAUGUAACAGGGUUGAUGUUCCAGGAGGGAUAAGCCAAAUGGCAAAUGAUUUAGGUAAACUAGAAAAAUGGUCAGAAUUGUGGCAACUGACAUUUAAUGUGGAUAAGUGCAAGAUAAUGCAUCUUGGACGUAAAAACCGAAGGGCAGAGUACAGAAUAUUUGAUAGAGUCCUAACCUCAACAUUUGAGGAAAGGGAUUUAGGGGUGAUUAUUUCUGAUGACUUAAAGGUAGGCAGACAAUGUAAUAGAGCAGCAGGAAAUGCUAGCAGAAUGCUUGGUUGUAUAGGGAGAGGUAUUAGCAGUAGAAAGAGGGAAGUGCUCAUGCCAUUGUACAGAACACUGGUGAGACCUCUCUUGGAGUAUUGUACACAGGAGACCGUAUCUUCAGAAGGAUAUUGAUACCUUAGAGAGGGUUCAGAGAAGGGCUACUAAACUGGUUCAUGGAUUGCGGGAUAAAAGUUACCAGGAAAGGUUAAAGGAUCUUAACAUGUAUAGCUUGGAGGAAAGGCGAGACAGGGGGGAUAUGAUAGAAACAUUUAAAUAUAUAAAGGGAAUCAACACAAUAAAGGAGGAGACUAUAUUUAAAAGAAGAAAAACUACCACAACAAGAGGACCUAGUCUUAAAUUAGAGGGAAAAAGGUUUAAAAAUAAUAUCAGGAAGUAUUACUUUACUGAGAGGGUAGUGGAUGCAUGGAAUAGCCGUCCAGCUGAAGUGGUAGAGGUUAACACAGUAAAGGAGUUUAAGCAUGCAUGGGAUAGGCAUAAGGCUAUCCUAACUAUAAGAUAAGGCCAGGGACUAAUGAAAGUAUUGAGAAAAUUGGGCAGACUAUAUGGGCCGAAUGGUUCUUAUCUGCCGUCACAUUCUAUGUUUCUAUAAACACAAGUUACAUAUCCCCAAUAUCUCUGGUUUGGUACAGUGAUGGUAUAUGUGCAUGUAAUAAUAAUUUUAAUAAUGUACUGGACACACUAAUGUCUCUGGAAUGAUACUGCAUAAUAAACAUAUGGUAUCUACCCCAAUAUGUCUGGGUUGGUAUUAUAUAAACUAUGAUAUAUUUACAUAUACACUGAUGUCUGUGGGAUGAUCCCUAGUAAAUGAUAUAUGGGCAUAUAAUUCAAUAUCUCUGGGACGAUCUCUCAUAGACCUAUGGUAUAUGUGCAUAUACGCUACUAUAUCUGGGGUAACACCAUAAACUAUGGUUUCCAUCGUGACUGCCCCAUUUCUAAUACUUUAGACCACCUUUCAGAACAUGACACUUUUAUAUCUAACCACAAUCUCCUGGAUGAAAGCACAUAAAUCUAUGGUAUAUGUGCAUAUACCCCAAUAUCUCUGGGGUGAUAUUGUUCAUGUACUACUAUAUACCAUCUUCCUGUGGGUUUAGUGUAGGGUUCCCCAAGAACUCCAGCGUUUUUUUCCAUCACCCCCACCGUACAGUAAUUCGAAAAUGUACCUUGAUAAAUCUGGGGUAUUUAUAUUCCUUUACCACACUGAAUAACAAAUAUAUAAAUAUAAUUUAUAUUGAUUCUUGGUUGGCGACACUGAGUCGUAGUAAUUGGUUUAGCUUGCCACAGAUAUUUGAGUAGGCCUCUGAAGAAGACUGCUCACCUAUAGAAAUGAAUAAGGUUAUAAGAGUGUUUAAUUUGUAUAGAGCAAGCUCUUGCCUUCUUCCUAUGUGAUUGGGGACAGUCGUGAUGUGCCAAAACCGAUGGUCACGUAGGCCUAUAAAGAAUAGGGUGAACAUUUUAUGCCUUCUAAACAACAUUUAUUACAAAGAUUAACAAAUGACAAAGCCAGGUCAUGGAAAGCCGGUCUUAUUUCUAAUUCUGUAUGUGGAAUGUAUCUUGUAGACUUGUGCAAAAAAGUUUCAGAAUUCCUUUUAAUCGGCACCCGCAUGAAUCAAUCGGUUUAGGCUAUCAUGUAGAGUCUUUUUUUAUUGAAUAAGACUCCACAGGUAAAUCCUGUUAUCAUCGAUUCAUUUGUGCUGUUGUAUAUGUUCACCAAUAAUUCUUUGAUAUUACUUGUUAGAGUGGAAUGUCAAUCUUCCUGUCUUUUCUCUUUAAUUUAAUUUUUAAUUGAAUGUCUUCACAAUUACCCAUGAUAUGCAAUGACACAAUGUGUCGUAAACACCAUAAGGGAUAAUGAAGUUGAGAUAUGCCAAGUAGAGCUUAUAUUCAUCUCUACAAACAGCUACUUAAAAGAUAUCUCACAUUCCAUUGGUAUAUUAGUCAUUUGUCAUUAAGAGAUUUGAAAAAAGAGAAUAUAAAUGAACAUAAAUUAACGAAAAAGAAUAAAAUGAAAACGAUGAAGUAUAACAUUAAAGUAUAUAGAAUAUGCAGUUUUCUAUCUGUGAAUCGGUACAUCCAGUCACAAGGUCUCCCUUGUUAAUACCCAGAUGAGGUUCUAGUCCCAGAGUGGAUAUGUUUAUUACCAGACAAUGAGAAUUUGAUUUAAACUAUUCCUUAUUAAUGUCGUAUAGGUUGUAUCCAAUAUUUAGGUAUAAGUGCUUUUGCAGUGUGAAGAGGAUUAAAUUCUAUAAAGCGAGAAUAUGCACUCUUUGGUUUGGGUGAGAGGUGGGGACAUUUCUUGAACCUGGUUUAAGUCUAGGGAAGUAAGCUAUCUCAGUAAUGUAGGUUAAUAUAGUGCCACAGAAUUUAGUUAGAAUAGCACAUUCUCACCAAAUGUCAUUGUAAGUCCCCUUUUUCAACCCUAUUUGUGUCCUGAAUCUAUUUAAUACUGUUGGAGGUUUGUACCAUCUAGCCAUUAACUUGUAGUUGGUCUCAAUCAUAGCUAGACUUGUAUUGGUUCUAUGUAUAAAGUAAAACAGUCUGCGUUAAUUCAUUUGACCAUAACGGAGUAAGGUGAGAGAUGCACCCUCGUGCAAACAUGAGUAAUCCCAAGGUAGUGUCCUUUUAGCUUGUGUUGGGCAAGAACAUUUGGUUUCAAAUGAGGUGGGGUACAAGGGGACAUCUGCUAGUGAGAGUGACCUCACAUAUUGCUGUAGUUGAUAGUAGAAAUAUUUGUCAAGAAAAUUGGGGUUCUCCGUGAGACAGAGUUCAGUCAGUGUUUUAAAUUGUUUCUCAGUAAUCACGUUCGCUAAGGUUAUAUAGGGAGGUUGGGGCGACCUUGGCCAGCUUCAGUUCCUGAAACCCUAUGGGAAAGAGGGGAUAUUAUGUUGCUUAUAUGGUAAUAAGAGACAUGUGAUGAUGGGAUAAAACAGGGCUAAGAAGUUGUUUGGGAGAAAUGAUAAGGGUACUUCAACCCAGUCCGUGUGGUCUUUGUGUUGAUCGAAUUAUUAUUUUAUUUUUUUUUUACUUUAAAGGCAUUCAACAUGUGUGAGAAUCUUCCUCUGUUUUGUGUAAGAGGGUACAAAUUGGUGUAACCAAUACUGACCCUUUGGGUACCUUAUGCCACCAUUGGAGCCUAACACUGUAUUACACAUUGACACAAAGGCAUGAGUGUGUUUGCUGCUAAUAUAAAGAUGUCACAUUAACAAUAUCAUAAAGCGAUGAAACGAAAAGCCACAUAUCUGCCAGCUACCUCCCGGCAGUUCAAAUUGACAAAGAGGGGAGUGCGACUGAGUGUGUGGCCAGGGACACUUCAGUUUUAGGAGUGCGACUGAGUGUGUGGCCAGGGACUGAGCUAGUCUCAGAAAUGUUAGGGGACUUACUCUUAAAGAUUUGUGCACCUAAACGGUCAUUUAGAACAAAAACAACAUAUCUAAACACUGGUAUCCACCUAGAUAUCUUGGUUGUACCCUUUGAACCUUGGCUUUUAUUAAAGAUUGGUUUAGGAUUGUUCUCAUUUAAUGCCAAAAGUGCUGCUUAUUCAGUUGUACAAUGAGUUACCGAUGUCCUACCAGUGUGCAACAGGAUAAGGUACUACCCAACCUAGAAACUAUUAUUAAAUGUUUACCCGCCGUAACAGACUGUCUUCAUAUCUCUCUGACACAGCAGGAAAACAAAUAUACGGUGUCCAAAAAGUGCUGUGAGUAAUUAAUAUGCCUGCCACUCCCUCCUUCAUGUCCGUAGUGGAUAACCGUCUAUAUUGAUCGAGGUAGCUUCUUGUGUCAAAUAAAGGACUUGCACACUAAAGGCUCUUAAAGGCCCUGUGUGUAAAAAUGCAACAGCGAUUUACUUAUAAACAUGUCAAGGACAUAUUAUCAGAACACUUACUGACAUAUUAAGUAGAGAGACUCCUAUCAUGCACACUCAUGUGUCUCCAGCAAAGGGAGCAAUUUACGUUGAUCGUUCACCAACACAGUGCCAGCGUUUUAUGACACAAAGAAACAUGAUCGCAUAUUUACUGUGGUAUUAGCAGGUCACAAUCUGCCGUGAUUUGUGUCCCCAGCACAGCUGUGAUUUCAUUCUUUGCACUUGUUCAUAUUCCUAUGUUGAAAUGUCUUGAUUUAUUUUAUUUAUAUUUUAUUUUUCCUUGCUGUAAUUGCAAUGUAACAAAGAUGCUUUCUGUAUGUCUCGAUGUCCUGUUUCUGGUGUUUUCCAUGUGGCUAUGUUGUACUGCAAUACUGAGUAUUGUUAUUCAGCAAAACCUGAGUAAACGGUAGUUUUUGUUAUUUUGUGUAUAAGUAAUAGUUAGGGAAUACAGAUUUCGGGGUUCUUCACAAAAAUGUGACUUGUCAGGAAAUAAGUGCAUUUUAAAUCUUAAGCCAAAAUAGUUGAUUUAGAGAAUAUUUUCAGGUUAAAUGUUUUGACGUUCACUCUGUCAUCGCUUUAGUGAAUAAUCUUGAAUAUUGCUUACUAUUAGCAUGCUGUAUACAUGUGUGUAACACUAUAUAAUCCACUUUACCAAACAGGUUUUUAUGUAGAUUUUUACACCUAUGUUUUACUAUCUUGAAGUGUUAUCUCAUCUCUGCUCUAAACCAUGAUUUGACUGUGAACUUUUAAGGUUAGUGUUCAUAGUGUCUUUUUUUUUAAAUUUUUUUAUUUCUUUACUAGCCUCAAUGGAAUGGGCCAGUGAAAAUUCACACAUGAGCAAACGUUUUUUAAUUUUAUGGCAAUAGAAAUUGUCCAGGGCAGUGUUUCUUUUAUUUUAAGUAUUAUGUAAUAUAUUGCAGGGUAUGCAUGUAUAUGUUUUUUGUUUUUUUUUCCCCUGAUACAUUUUAACAAAAUACUUACUGCGUGCUCACAUGUGGGGCCCACUCAUGUUUAAAUUUAGAAUCCAGUCUGUGCCAAUUGGCCCAUCCAGUCUGCUUACUGCGGAAACUCGGACAGAUUUGAUUACUUAUCCAGGAUAGUCUUAUGCACUUCUCUGUUCCCUUGUGUUUGUUUUUUUCCAUUCCAUGCACCUACUUACAUAACAGACCUUCAUUAAAUAAGUACUAUUGCCGUGAGUUAUUGACUUGCCUAUAGUAUAAGCCAAACACCUACAAAUUGUUUUAAUAAAUAAUUGUCUAUGCCUGGUCGCCUACCAUGUGAUCUGGUCCUUUAACGCGGCCUUCGGGGAGGUGGCAGUCUGUGGCUUAGAGAUUGAUGUAAUCUGUGUGUGCGCCGAGCAGUAAAACCAUUAUCAUGUCUCUAGUGUAGACUACAGGCUUUUAGCAUCACCAAUUAAGUCCAGGCAGGACGGUUAUAUGGCUACUGUCAGCCAGCUGCAGGUUAGUCUGCCCACAUCACCAGACAUACCAUUAGAUGGGCUGAAUCCUAUAGAGGACCACUGGAGUUUAAUAAAAUCUAUAUAAAGAUAAAGUAAAAAGCUUUAGUCUAGAUUAAUUCACAAAUAACCACUCUGUAUACUAAUAUAUUACACAAUAUAGUCUUUGUUUCCAGAGUUGGAGUUCUACAUUGUUUAUUUUAUUGUUAUGCGUCCCUUCCAUAACAAAAUUAAUACAAAAAUGAAAUGCAAUUAAACCGGAGCCGUCAUCUCUGUGCAACUUACACCAUUAAAUAAAACAUUGAAAAAUCAUCUAAAACUUGCAUUAACAUUUUUUUUUAUUUUUUUUUUAUGUGAGGCUCCAUUUUCUUGUAAAUUUAUGUUAAAGGAAUGCUCAAAGCACCGUAACCAUUACAGCUCGUUAUAGUCCUUAUGGUGCCAGGGAGUACCCUGGUGCAUGAUUCCACACAUUCCCAUUGUACAUAGGAAAGGUGUAACAUCUUGCAAGCCGGUAGCCGUGUAUUACUUUUAGUGCACAGCGGACUACAUGCAAGAAGUGAAACUGUUUUGAAAACCAUUUCCAGGGAGCUUCUAGCACCCUAAUCACUACACUAAGCUGUAGUGGUUAUGGUGCUUGGUGUUUUCCUUUAACGAUUUAGCUAUUGAUAUCACGAUCCAAAUUGGUCCUGGAACAGACAGGGUAUACGUUGCAAGCAAGCAUCCUCUCUCUAUGGUUUGACUGACAAGUGCAAGAGUAAGAUCUUAUAACCGUGAUUGACAGGGAGCCAAGAUUGAGGUGCUAAAUGCUGGGAGAGUUUAAUACGUCAGUGUGGAUUUCUAUGUUCAAUUUUAUUUUGCAGAAUUCCCAAACUUGUGCUUUUUAAAUAUAGUUGAUAAGAAAACCUAUAAAAAAAUAAAAACUAAUAAUAUUAUAUAUAUAUAUAUAUAUAUAUAUAUAUAUAUAUAUAUAUAUAUAUAUAUAUAUAUAUAUAUAUAUAUAUAUAUAUAUAUAUAUAUAUAAUAUUAUUUUUUUAUUUUUUUUAAUAAACUGUAUUUCUACUUGGAUGUUUGAUUGUGCAACUAACUAUCCAGAAAGAGAGAGGUUUAUCAUAAGGCAGCUGUGGAAUCUGCUCUGUUUCUAAACAAGAAUGGAAACACAUUUUAUCAUGUAUGGUGACAGACAGACAGAUGGCAUGGACGGCAUUGAAAAGAGGGAAAGGGAAAGAAAAAAACAAACCUCGAAAACAAAACUCCUGCAUACUGAUUUUAGAGUAAGGCCUGUGCCUUGCUAUCUACAUAUGUCGGGCUAGGGGAAAUGAUAGCUCGUCUACUAUCGGGACGAGGAGAUGACAGCUGGUCUGCUGUAAUGAGAAUAUAACUACGACUGGUGCUCCUUCAGGGUAGUGGGGCUACUGGGCCUCCGCUGACUAAUUGUUUGGCAUCUUACAAAAAAAAAAAAGGGGUGGGAGGGGGAGAAUGGGAGGCCAGAUCCUGUUUUUCUGGACACGUAUUACUACUUCAGGCUGAUGGGCAGCUCAUGAAAUUGAUGCCCUGACUUACAUGUAGCAUUCAUAUACGGCAAGAUCCACUUUUUUAUUAAAGCUGCUGUGUCACCAUCUGCGGUCUUUGCAUAUUUUGUAAAGACCCCCGAUGUUGACUUUGCUGCCUGCAGUGCGGUGACUGUGGGGUACAAGGAAAGGUGAGUUUCUACUUAUCUGAAGAUGUCCCUUGUAGCCACUGCCAUCUUCUUCCAUGGGAUCUUCUUCAGCUCCUGGUGCGUCAGUGAUAUUCCAACACAGGCUUUAUGAGCAUUUCAUAAAGAUUUUAUCUUAUUUUGGGGUGGGGGGAGGGUGACAGCUGCUGUAAUUACUUGAUUUGGUGGAUCUGGCAACGCUAGGUACAUGACAUUAUCCAUGAGUAAUAAUGGCCAAAGUCUGGUACUUGUACUGUUUAUUUUAGAGGUUCCAAAGUCCACUGUAUCUAAUUAGUGGAUUAGGAGAGCCUAAUGUUAACCCUUUGUUUGUGUUUUUUAUAUUUAUUAGCUCCGGUUCCAACUACAUUUUAGUUUGUCCAUCCACUGUAAAGCGCUGUGGAAUUUGUUGGCGCUAUAUAAAUGUAGUAGUAGUAAUAAUAAUAAGUAGAUUUUACACACACGCACUGCUGGGUCUCCAAAAUGAGUAUAGAAUGUUGGAUAAUGUAUACAUUUUGAGAUACAUGUAUGUCAUGGUGUAUGAAGGUUUUGCCUGAAUCAUUCAUUCAUUCAUUUCAUACGUAUCUCUUUUUUUUAUCUUUCUAGUUACAUAGUUACCAAUUUAGUUAAACUAUAGUCUGAUAUUUUAUGCAAAUAAGACUACUUUUACCAUGAUCCUUUGUCCAACUGACAUUCUCUACUGUUUUUGGCAGCCUCAGUUUACCCUUUGACUUUAUUGGUGACCUUGAAGGACCACUAAAGUCACACAGGCAGUUUUAUCUUAAUGACGGGAACUGGGUGCAGGUGCCCUGUCAUUUUACCCUGCGAUAUAACGCAGGGUAAAUCGAUCAAUAGAAGUUGUCAUACUGAUGGCCACUAUAGGCACUUCUGUGGCACUGACCGAGUAAACAUCUGUCACGUGAUGCGGAAGCCCCCAUAGCAUUGAUGUUCUCGACGCACAUGUGCGUCAGGUCCCCAACGCUCUACUAUGAGAAUCAUUGGGUUGGGUGGUCGCCAAUGGAGGCCAAGUCUUCUUUAUAACCGUUCUGAAGGACGAGAAAAAAGCAGCUCAAAGGGCGCCUCCAUGCUGGAAAAUAGUAAGUAAAAAGCAUUUAUUUGAUUAUUGUAAAAAGUGGGGGAGGGCUUCCAUAACUAGGGACAGGGACACUAAAGCAUUCGGAAAACAGGUUUUACCACUGAAGCUGUUGGUUGAAGACACUUACUCUUCCCAAUAUUCUGAUCCAGCCUUUAACUUAAUGAAGACGUUUUAGUGUAUAGAUCAUGCCCCUGCAGGCUUACUGCUCAAUUAUUGCUAUUUAACUCCUAAUAGGCAGUCGUUUGAGCAGUGGGACAUCGGAGGUAUGAUCUACACACCAAAACUGCUUCAUUAAGGUAAAGUUGUUUUGGUGACUAUAAUGUCCCUUUAAAGGAACACUGUAGUCACCUAAAUUACUUUAGAUAAAUAAAGCAGUUUUACUGUAUAAAUCAUUCCCCUGCAAUUUCACUGCUCAAUUCACUGUCAUUUAGGAGUUAAAUCACUUUUUCUGUUUAUGCGCAGCCCUAGUCACACCUCCCCUGGCUAUGAUUGACAGAGCCUGCAUGGAAAAAAAAAACUGGUUCACUUUCAAACAGAUGUAAUUUACCUUAAAUAAUUGUAUCUCAAUCUCUGAAUUGAACUUUAAUCGCAUACAGGAGGCUCUUGCAGGGUCUAGCAAGCUAUUAACAUAGCAGGGGAUAAGAAAAUCUUAAUUAAACAGAACUUGCAAUAAAGAAAGCCUAAAUAGGGCUCUCUUUACAGGAAAUGUUUAUGGAAGGCUGUGCAAGUCACAUGCAGGGAGGUGUGACUAGGGUUCAUAAACAAAGGGAUUUAGCUCCUAAAUGGCAGAGGAUUGAGCAGUGAGGCUGCAGGGGCAUGUUCUACACACCAAAACUGCUUCAUUAAGCUAAAGUUGUUCAGGUGACUAUAGUGUCCCUUUAAGGUGCAGACUUAUUACAAAUGUGUGUAUUUGAUUUCACAUAUGAUUAGUGAAUGUCCUCCUGUAUAUAAUAUAGAGUGAAUUUGACUGUUACUGGGUAAUUUAUUUUUGUUUGGUGCGUGCAGGUGGUUUACUGGAUGGGCUGAUAGGGGUAUGUGAACAAGGAGAAGGAUUAUAGGAUAGGGUGAGUAAUUCAGUGGAUGGGGUGAAAGUGACCAGGUGGGUGACUGUAUAUGUUAUGUGACAGGGUAUGUGGCCGGUUAGAUGUGAUUGAGUGACAUUAUGCUACAGGAUACCCAGCAGGUAGUUAUGUCUAAACAGAGGCUGAUGAGGGAGACUGUAGGUUCACGUUACACGCAAGUUGGGUUGGUGACUGACUUCAAGGAGUCCUUCUACUGUGUAUGAAAUAGAAAAUGAAUUGUUUUAUGUAAAUAAAAUCCGUAUUGUGCAGUCUGUGUUUGACAACACUGGGAAGGGGGGCUAAGUAGGUACAGGGAGGGGAUCAAAAUUACACUGCUUAUUUCUUGUCUGCAUGUCAAUGUUAAAAAAGCUGGCUAGUGCUUCAGUAUAUAUGAGAAAAGGCAAGAUUUAUUUGUCAGCUAUGGGACUCAUUUUCAAUUUGUGCCAACAUUUCAAAGACAUUUUUAUAUCUUUUGUAUUAUUUUAAGGGUUAAUUCUGCGUUGACUGUAUCUGAUAACCAAUUCUAGUUAAGAUAAUUAAAGGAACACUCCAAGCACCUUAACUAUUACAUCUUGCUGUAGUUGUUAUGGUGUCUGAGCCCCCAUUGUAAAUAGUCCCUGCCUCUACUACCACAUUUAGCAGUGCAGGGGUUCGCUCAUUGGCUCAGAGAACUUCUAGUAGCAUGGCUGCGCUCAGGAGGGUUCCUGCUUAACUAUUGGCUCUCCAGCAAAGGUAGUGGAGGCAGGGAGUGGCGCCCAGUGAUGCCCAGGUAAGAAUUCAACCUAUUCAUCAACGGUCUAAUAACAAUAAGGGGGGGCACAAGGGCACCUCUGGCACUAUAACCACUACAAUUAGCUGUAGUGGUUAUCGUACUUGGAGACUUUCUUUUAUACUUGUAAAUCAUUCAGAACCGUGUCAGAGAGUUGUAUCGAUGUAAACUAAUUAAUAAACACAUGCUAUUUUACAAAAGAUUUGUGGCAUUGGCUUGUGUUCUUGUAAACCCCACUGAAAUCCAUUGACGGGGAUAUUUUUUUUUCAUAUUUCGUCAGUGGGCCUAGAACUGGCAAUUCACUUUGUGUGUCAGACAGUUGACACUUUAGUUAAUAACCACGUGUGCUUUAUUGCUAUGGUGCUCUGUUGCAUCCUUAUACACACCUUUUUACUGUGAGUUUUAUUGUUCCGUAACUCUGUGAUACAUUGUGUGCACACAGGUAGAAGGCAGGAUCCUGGGAAGGGAAAUGGGUUUAGAGCGAUUGGGUUCUUGAAGGGAAGCAUGGGCUUGAAAAUCCUUCAGACAGAUGCCUGCUUUACCGACCUGCUCAGCAUGAGACACACUGUCUCAGAUUAAUCCUCCACGUUUAUGCCAGACAACCAGCCACGGCAAAGUGUUUCCAAUGUUUGCACAACUUAUCUCUGCAAUUUGCACAUCAUGGAGACUGUCACCGGGUGACACUGCGCAGUGUGGGUCUCCUCGACGCCAGUCGCAGCUGCUAUGAGUGUUUGCAUGCAAAGAGAUCACCUUAAUCAAAAGGCAAGUGCUUUUACCUGUCACUAUGAUAAAUUGAUGCUUAGAAGGAAUCACCUGCCAAAUGGAUGCACAUUAUUGGAAUAAUCCCCUUUUGUUUGUGAUUUAAUGUCUCUGAGCCAUGUGCGUGUGGGCAAUUUGUAAGGCUGACUCUAGAAUUAGCAGAAAAGGAGAUUUGCUCCUGUAUUCUGCAUUUUAAUCAUUGUGGUGUAAAUUUUUCCAUGUCGUUCCUUCUUUGUCAAUCUCCAUUUAUUUUGAUUUAGUGUUCUUGGUAAUGGCAGGGGUGUUCUGUUUAAAAUGAUUCAUUUCUCCUUUUUUUUCCUUUUUUGUCUUUCCCCCCUCCCCCUCCCUUUCUUCAUUACUGAGCACCGUAUCUAUACAGGAAUAAAUGAAAAAGACCUGCCUCUGAAUAAACUGCUUGACGGCUUUCUGUCCUCCAUAUAAAAAGAUUAUAACUGUCAAUCAAUCCGGUUUCUUGUAGGUAGCCUUAUGUCCAUUCCAAAAAAAUUCUGAUUAAAUUAUUCUGUGCUACCUGUAUUUAGAUACUGUUCCAUAUCUGCCAUUUUUUUUUUUUUAAUAGUUUCAUGUUUUUUAUUAUUUGUUUGACCCCACUUUACAUCCUGACUUUUCUUUGAAAUUGACUCAUUCAUAAUGAGCAGGAAGAGUUCUGCUAAGUAAAGCAAGAGUUCUUCUAAGCUCUAGCCCUGGAGUUGUAUAUCCAUAGUGUGGCUCCAAAACUUUGGCUUUUCACCAAGCUUCUCUCUGUGUCAUACAAAGUCCUGCUUUAAAAUAUAUUUACGGUGUUAUCGAUGGUGUAAUAUCUAUAGAAACUUCACUGGAAUUUAUGGGAGGGUUUUGAAGAUUACCUCCUGGAAUUAAAUGUCUUUUGUACGCCCUCUUGAGUACGUAAAUGGGCUUUCUAAGCUUCAAAAUAUUAAUUAAAGGAAUUGUUUUCGGUGUAUAGGUAAUGCCGUGGCAGUAUUGUCUGCCAUUUAGGAGUUGAAUCACUAUUAUGCAGCCCUAGCCACACCUCCUUUGGCUGAGACUCACACAACCUCUCUUCACACUUCCUGAAAAGGAGUCCAAUGUUUUUAGUUUCCUUUACUUCACAGUAUGUUUAAUUUAGAAUUUCUUAUCUCCUUUUCUGUUAAUAGCCUACAGCAAGCAUGUCAAACUCAAAGUGUGGCAAAGGUUUAAGUUUAUGUGGGCCACACACACAUACUCAUAGACAGAUACAGACACACUGACAGACGCACACACACUCGCUGACAGACACACACACACACACACACACACACACACACACACACUUUACUUUCUGACAGACACACUUUCUGACAGACGCACACACACUUUUCUUUAUUGCUCCUUACCUUAUGGAGCCGAUGGGGGGGGCCGGGGGGGCGGCAUCUCUCAGGGGUCCUUCCUGCUCCUCAUUGCUCCCUCGUGCGGUUUAGUGGUGCCGGAAUAUGACGUCAUAUUCUGGCGCCCUGCUUCACUUCACUCGGCGCGAGGGAGAAGUGAGGAGCUGGAACGCUGAGCUCCCCUCGCGGUCCUCCUCCUCCCCGGCCAGGUAAAUGAUAGCAGAGUAGGCACCUGCAAUAUGGGGAAUGCAGGUGCAUACGCUGCUAUAACACAAGCAUGCACUCGCAGCUCGCCGGGCCGCAAAGAUGGUCCUUGUGGGCCGCGAGUUUGACAUGCUUGGCCUACAGCCUCCUAUGGGUGAUUAAAGUUAAAUUAACAGAGCAGGAGACGAGAGCUUCUAAAGUAAAAAUAAACAUACUGUGCUGUAAGAUUUAAUUGUAAACAAGACUAUUUUUCAUGGACACUGCGAGUCACAGUCAGAUGAGGUAUGACUAGGGCUGCAUAAACAGAAACAAGUUAUUUAACUCCUAAAUGGCUGAGAAUGGAACAGUGAGACUGCAGGGGAAUGAUCUAUACACCAAAACUGCUUCAUUAAGCUAAUGUAGUGUCCAUGGCUUUGUAAAUAUAGCAGGGCACUGCUGAGACAGUUUGAUUAAAUUGACAUUUAACUGCAAUGUCUAUAUUUGCCCAGUGAAAGGUGGCAGAGGGGUAUACAUUUAAAAUGUAACGGCAUAUACCAUCCCACAGAAUGUUGUGUACACCCAAUACCAUGCUGGGUUUCUGUAUUCUGGUUUAUUCGUGGGCAUUUAAAUCUCUUGGGCAUUUAAUCUAUAAAUGAUUUCAUGCAAAUACACUAUUCUCAACUUAUAAAAUACUUCUUUCUCUUCCUUUCUGGGCGUUUGGCGGACACCAGUUUAUGAGACCAGUUUAUUCUUACUGCUUGCACUAGUUGACCUUACUCAACCCAUUUCUCCUCUUCCUCCAGGGCGAGGCGGAGGAGAUUUCUAGUGGGAAAAGUGUGAUAAUGGGUUUUAAAAGUCACUAUCCAGUUUCACUCUGAUGUUAGCCAGAAACUAACUCCUGACGCGUGAAAGGACUGUCACUGGCAUUCAUUAUUAAUACCCUUCAUGCUUUCUGUUAAGAGGAAAUCUAAUCAGGACAGCUCCUCUAAACGUUGUCUGUAGCAUGCAUGUGCCAGAGGCAAUGAGAGUGAUACAAAUUGCAGAUCCGUUGUUUUGUGAUGCCCAAAUAUAAUUAUUAUUUUUGUCUUACUGUGGUUUACCUAUUUCUGAUUUAUUUUCAACUUUAUAUGUAUUCCCCCUGCCUGGCAAAGGUUUAAACCCCCCAAGCCCUCUGCCUGGCAUAUUACAUAGUUACAUAGCUGAAAAGAGACUUGCGUCCAUCAAGUUCAGCCUACCUCACAUUUGUUUUUUGCUGUUGAUCCAAAAGAAGGCAAAAAAACCCAGUUUGAAGCACAAUUUUGCAACAAGCUAGGAAAAAAAUUCCUUCUUGACCCCAGAAUGGCAGUCAGAUUUAUCCUUGGAUCAAGCAGUUAUUACCCUACAUUGAAAGAUUAUAUCCUUGAAUAUUCUGUUUUUGCAAGUAUGCAUCUAGUAGCUGUUUGAACAUCUGUAUGGACUCUGAUAAAACCACUUCUUCAGGCAGAGAAUUCCACAUCCUGAUUGCAUAGGUUAAUACCUGUCAUCGAUAGUAUAGCUUUAACAAUACAGACCUGUUUUCCUAAUUUUAAAAUGUUCUACUCCCUGUUAUUUACUCACCUUCUAUCCUGCGGCGUGCUGGCCUCAGCCCUGAUGAUCUCGGGGAAGUAUUGAGCAGCUAGUGCGCAUGCACAGCUAAUCACUGCACUACGUCAUUCAGUGUCUCUUUAUAAGGAUACUUUGACUCAAUGCUUCUCUAUGGGGAGCUUAUAGUUUCUCUAUUCCUGCAGCCAAUUGAGGUGGUCAUAGGCAGCAAUGUAAACUCUGCAUUUUCUCUGAAAAAUGAAUGGCCCAGAACAAUACAUUAAGCUAUAGUUUUUGUUGACUGUGUCCCUUUAACAGAUUGGCAAUUUAUCAAGGCUUUAUUUGAGAAACAGAUCGUUUUCUUGCCAAGAGAUCUCCAUUCCACAUGAAGGAAUCCGUAGGCUUAUGUUAUUUUUGGUUUAGUUUCACGGCUUAAAAGUAGAAGUUCUCUUGCAUAAAGCAUUUUUAGAAAAUUCUGUUAAAACCAACCUUGCCUCUCCUUCAUGAAGAUUGCUGCAUUGCUUUCUUACCCUAAAAUAGACGCCUUUGAGGUAUUGCUUAUGCUUUUGGUUUCCAUUUUUAUUUAAUUGUUUUUGUGCAAUGAAAUAAAAUAUCUCCAUGUGGAUGUAGAGUAAGGUGCUUAAAGGUCUAGCAAUCUCUCUCUUCUAUAAAUGUUACUGGGUAUUUCCUGCAAUUUUUUUAAAAGUGAUCUGUGGCACUCUUAUUUCGGCAGAAUUCCCCGAUUUAAAUUUUCAGGUUUGCUCUGCAGGCUGACCCUCGUGGUCUAAGCCGUGCGAUAACUAGUAAAAUGUUCUAAAAUUUUUCAGAAAUGGGUACAUAUGAGGGUCAUGGGAAAUGUUGUGUACAUUUACAUGGAGUGCCCAGAUCGUGCUUUACCAUAAUGGCCCAAAAUGUUCACUAGCCAUUGGCAAGUUUGGAAUUCAUCCCCGACGAGUGAGUGGAUUCGCAAUGACCUCUGUAGGUUUGUUUACAAACUCAAACCACAUUUCUCCAUUAGAUACCAGAGUGUGCAUGGCCAAUGUAUGUGGUUGCAUUGCAGGUGUGCGUUAAUUGUUCUCAUUGUUAGUAGCUUAGAUCUUGGAAGUCUGAGCCCUGAUUUCAUUGCUAAAUCAAAUCUACAAAAGAAGUCCUAUAUUUAAGAAAAUGAAUACACUAGAAAUAGAUCCUUUUAUCUGUUGGAUUUUAAAAUGAUCUCUCCAGUGUAAGCGAUGAGCUUUUAAUGUCUCUCUCAGUUGCACACCGCUAUCUGAACUGUGUACUAGAUGUUGAUAUCAUUCUGAGAUAAUGGUUCAAGCUCACGGUUCAACUUCCCACUGAGCACACAGUGUGACCUGGAUUAGAUCAACCAGACAGACAAUUUAAGCCAUCUGCCUUCCUCCCUAAUCUUUCACCAGAUUAAACAUCAUCUACUCCUUUUCUUAAACUGGAAACAUUAAACCAAGGAGCCUCCUACAUGGAGGAAUAUUGUCGUUUUUAUGGAAGCAGAAGGUGCGAUUUGGUUAAAAUGAAGUAUGUGUUUGUGUGGUUAGAUCUUACAAUAACAUUGGAUUGAAUCAUCCUAUUUACUGGAAAAAUCUUUUCAUAAUUCAUUGGCAACACUACAAAUUCCCAGCAUGCUGUUUGUACUGUGCUGCAAAGUAUUCUGGGAGUAGAAAACACUGCAACUCCUAUCAUGCAUCGCCAGCCUCAAAGGAAUCAUUCGUUACUUGUGACCCGGCUGCUCUAAUAAUUUGCUCUUUGCACUAAUUGUACAAGGGGAGAAAAGUCCUUUUCGUGCUGAAAACAGAUAUCCACAAAUUUGCGAUUUUAUUUAUUCCUGACCUCUGUGUCAUUCUUGGGUUAACCCACUGCAAAAGCAGUUUUAAAUUGUGUUAUUUGGGUGUAUCUAUAGGACAAUGUAUGGUAAUCUUUUCUGUGCACCUGUUAAAGUAUUCCCCCAACCUUUUCAUUGAGUGUGAGCUCUUGGCUCCAGUGCUUCGUAUUGUUUAACUAAAAACCCAGUAUAUGUUUGUGUUUCACAAUCGGAGAAAUCCUUGUGCAGCUGCCAGGUUUUAGCAGCCGGUUUAUCGGCUCAAGUUAAGCUUUUAUUAAAUCUACUGUUUAAAGAGCAGAAACCUCGUUUUGCUCCCUUCCCCAUUUAACCCUAUUCAUUUCUGUAUGUCAUGUGCGACAGCCUUGAUGUGACUGAGCUGGGAUUGAAGGCAUAUGUUUACUAAGCAGUUCUGCCCGCUAAGACUACGCGGUUAGAGUGUUGCGUGAAUGCCAGGGCUGUAAUCAAUGUCCUCUACAAUGUUUGCUCAGAGCAGGAUGCAGCCUGCGUGUGCAUACCUCGUGUCAUGUGCUGUUUACGGCACAUUACGGCAUUCACAUCAUAUACUCUAUUUACCAUCACGCACGUUUAACCAUUUCAUCAAUAACCAAGUAGAAUCAUGCCUGCAAGUUGCGUUUACAUAUUUAAUAACAUGAUAUAUGUAGCUGUAACAUAAUCAACUUGGGGUUAAAUAAAUUCGAGGGGGUGAUAAAGGAGGAGGGGACAUCAUCCAUGUUAAAUAUCAGAUUUGCAACCUGACAUUCACAGAUGAUGAAUUGAAAACUAAAAGUGACUUUUUAAUAUCCAGCAGUGACGUACAAAGCAUCCUUAAACCGUGUCCACAACACUCGAGUUGGCAUAAUUAGAUCACCGAACACAAAACGUUCUUAUUCUAUGAUAAUGUCACCAGUCAAAUUAUACUGUAAGUGUUUAUACGCACAUCCCUGUUUUUUUUACCUGGCUUUCACAGGCAGUUCCUGUAGCUAUCAUAGGCGAUUUUACUUCCUUAUAGGGGAUGCUCAUAUCAUUGCGAAUUACAAGACUGCAUAAAAUGUUCAAAGUCACCAACAGUUUGUGUUAACUUUUUUUUAUUUUUUUUUUAUAUGAUGAUCUGUUUUUCUUUUUCUAUUAACGACUUUGCAAAUUACUUCACAGUCCAGUUAGAUCCAGUGGGCAUGUUGCAAAAUGAGGUGGAAAAGCAGAUCUUUUUUUCACCCCUAUUUCUCCUUUUUUCUGUAUGCAUUCUCUGUGUCGACUGCCAGGCGUUGAGGACACAAUUUGUGAGAAUGACGGGGAGUGAAGUUGGAGGCACCCCGUUGUAUGAUAACCAGUAUAAAAUUGUCUGCAUUGAUUUUUAUUUUUAUUAAUUUAUUGAUUUUUUUUAUUUUAUUAUAUAUAUAUAUAUAUAUAUUUAUAUAUAUUAAAAUAAAAGGUUGCAUGUAGUCUACAAAUUCUACGUAAAUAUGCAAUGCAAACAUACAAACGACAACCUUUUAUUCUGUAAAUAUCCUGGUUUAGACAUCAUGUGAACUUACUGAGCCUCUCAGAAAUGCAGGCUGGGACCAUUUCAGCAAUUUUAAUUGUCCCUGGCUUUGGGAGAUAAGCGGUUCUCCUGACCAAAGUAAACAAAAAACAACAUUAACAAAAAAUUAGGUCAAUUUUUUUUUUUUUUUUUUUGAAGUGUGAAACGUAACCUCUGCACAGUUAUUGCAUGCAAUUUAUUGAGGAUUUUGCUGUUUGGCGUUAUGCAGUUAGAAUUACACCGCAUUCUUAUUACUCAAUACAGAAUCUUGUGGCGUUCCAAUUUAUUGUGUUCUGCCUUCUUUGUAACAAGUAGCAGAACCGAUACAGUAUGUAAGGUUAAUCAUAUGUGAUCUCACAUGUAUUUAAUAUAUGUGAGUUGGCUUCAUCCCAAUGAGAGACAACCACACCGUUCGAAAACCUCAGUUACCUGUUCAAAGUCAUUUGUUCAAGGUUUAAUUUUCCACCAGUUGGGCAUUAUUUUUAAAUGAAGUACAUCAGUAAUUAAGCAGCAGGACAGCUUUAAAAAGACAGAGUACAAGCGGCAUUGGGUUUCAGUACAGCGCGAGCUGUGGAUCCAUUUACCUGCUCAAUAAAUAAUGAGGGACUGUAGAGUUUGCGUCUCCAGCGUUUUUUUUUUAAAUCCGAGCUUGCAUCACUCUGACGAAGACUCGACUGCAGUAUUGAUACUUAGUGGAGGUUGUGCAAUGCUCUGCACAUCGUUCAGCUAGUUUGAUGUUUCAAUUCCUGAUCUAGAUUACAAACAAUAUCAAUUAUGUACAAAAUUGAUGACGCAGAGUUCCUUAUUAUUUCUUUUAAAUUAAACCUUUUUCUUUUUUAUUAUUUAAAGGUGGCCUAUAGUUACCAAAACAACUUUAACUUUAUGAAGACGUUUGGCUAUAUAGAUCAUGCAUUUGAAGUCUCACUGCUCAAUUCUCUACCAUUUAGGAGUUAAAUCACUUUUGUUUCUGUCUAUGCAGACAUAGUUACACCUCCCCUGGCUGUGACUCUGACAGGCUGCAUGAAAAACAAAAUGGUUUCAUUUUCAAUCAGAUGUUAACUUGCUUUAUAGGGUGUUUUUUUUGUUGUUUUUUUUUGGGGGGGGGACGGGGAGUAGGAGGGGGGGGGUUUAAAUCUCUUGCUCUGUAAGUUGAACUUUAUUCACACACAGGAGGCUCCUGCAAGGUCUAGUAAGCUACUAACCGUGCAGGAGAUAAGACAUUUUUACAUUAAACUGACUGUGCAAUAAAGUAUAAACAUUAGAUAUCACUUUACAGGAAGUUAUUAGGAAGGCUAUGUAAGUCACAUGCAAGGAGGUGUGACUAGGGUGCAUAAACAAAGUGAUUUUACUCCUAAAUGGCAAAGAAUUGAGCAGUGAGACUGCAGGGGAAUGAUAUAAACACCAAAACUGUUUAACCCCUUAAGGACUGGACUGUUUUUGCGAUGUUGUACAUUUGCGACCAGGCAUAUUUUUACACUUUUGUGGUGUUUGUGUUUGGCUGGAAUUUUCCGCUCUCUCAUUUACUGUUCCCAUACAAAUUAUAUAUUGUUUUUUUCAGGACAAAAGGGGCUUUCUUUACAUACCAUUAUUUAUAUAAUCUCAUGUAUUUUAAUUUUAAAAAAAUUAAAAAAUAUGAUGAAAAAUUGAAAAAAUACAUGUUUUUUGACUUUUACUUGAAAAAUCUUUUACUCAUCUACAAAAGCGAAUUAAAAAAACUGCUAAAUAGAUUCAAAAUUUUGUCCUGAGUUUAAAAAUACCCCGUGUUUACAUGCUUUUUGCUUUUUUUUGCAUGUUAUAGGGCUAUAGGUACAAGUAGAAUAUUGCGGUUUCAAAACAUAAAUUUUUAAAAUUUAUCAAUAGUGACAUUGUAACACUAUUAUCUGUCAUAAAUCUCUGAAUAACACCCCACAUGUACAUAUUUUUUUUAAAGUAGACAUCCCAGGGUAUUCAAUAUGGGGUAUGUCCAGUCUUUUUUAGUAGCCACUUAGUCGAAAACACUGGCCAAAGUAAGAAUUCAUAUUUGUUUGUGUGUGAAAAAAGUAAAAAAACUAAAUUGAACGCUAAUUUUGGCCAGUGUUUGUGACCAAGUGGUUACUAAAAAAGACUGGACAUACCCCAUUUGCAAUACUUUGGGUUGUCUUCUUUUGCAAAUGGUAUGCCAUCAUGGGGGUAAUUCUCAUUCCUGGGCUACCAUACGCUCUCAAAGGCAACGUAACCUGGCCAUUUUCAAUGUAAAAAUAUUUGACCCAUAUAUUUGACCUUGUAACUUUCAAAAAUACUAUAAAACCUGUACAUGGGGGGUACUGUUUUACUCAGGAGACUUUGCUGAACACAAAUAUUAGUGUUUAAAAACUGGAAAACGUAUAACAACGGGGGCGGAGCCGAACGCCGACCAAGAUGGCCGCGUGAGUCCCGAGCUCCGUGCAUGGCGGCGAGAACAACCGGCCCAACUUGACCACCCACCUCGAACAUCCAGGCACAAACCCCGCAGGAAACAUGUCCCACCACAAGGGAAAGGGGAAAGGCGACCGUUUGUCCUUUUUUGCCGCGAGGAACCAGCACAGGCCGUCGGCCGACCAGGUAGGCCUCCAAGAUGGCGACAAUGAUUCAGGGGAAAGUCAGGACUCAAGCCCCCCCUUACCCACUACACAAGAGGGAGAGGGAAAAGUCACCCCAGCCCUAAUACAAAACAUGCUAGAUGCCCAAUCAAACAAGCUGUUGGCACAUUUCCAAACCUCCAUAUCUGACCUGAAAAAAGAAAUUCAAGCCAUUGGAGACAGGACAGAGCACCUAGAAAAUAAAUUGGAAACCCAUGCAGCUGCACACAUCACCAUGCUCACUAAAAUUAAACAACUGGAAGCACACAUAUCCUCACAUGAUAACAAACUGGCAGACCUUGAAGACAGGUCCCGCCGGAACAAUCUGAGGCUCAGGGGCAUCCCAGAAUCUGUGGCAGUGGGGGACCUACAAGCAUUCGCCACGAACCUGUUCCAGAACCUAUGUCCUGACAUACCAGCUCAAAUGCUUCUCUUGGACCGCAUACACAGAGUGGCUAAAGCAAAAGCAGCACCGGUAUCUGCUCCCAGAGACGUGCUACUACGCGCACAUUACCACCAUAUCAAGGAAGAGAUACUCAGAGCCAGCAGAACAAACAAAUCCCUAGCUGAAGUUUACAAGGACAUUCAAAUAUUCGCUGAUAUAUCCCCAGCAACAUUAGCCACGCGGCGACUCUUCACCCCAGUGACAAACCGCCCUGAGAAAACACCAAAUCCAAUACAGAUGGGGUUUCCCCACCAAACUGUUAAUCAUACGUAAUGGACAGGCCACGGCAGUGCUCAGCCCAGAAGACGGCAUACAACUCUUAAACAAAUGGAAUAUACAGCCGGCAGAUUCACCCCAAACACUUAACACCCUACCUCCUGAGUGGAAACGGGCGAAACGUUAACCGUUGCCCACAACACCCCACUGCAAACUAUUGUUGCCGUUAACUACCAUACUUUACAGAUCUCCAAGAACUUUGAUUUCCCCCCCAGAGGUCCCCUUGUGUGACCUGACCCACCCGCGCCAUGGACCCCGCAGUCACUACAGGCAGCUACAAUCAACACCCUCGAGGCUGUGGAGAGGGCUACAGAAACAUUGAGGGGCAUCCAGGGGCAUCAUGAAGGGACUACCCCUCACCCUACGCUGUCACAUGUCAAGAUCACCUUGGGAACGAUCCCAAAAGACACUUAUCAAUACAAGCAACCACAGACCCGUCCCGGGACUACCACCAGUGAGGGGCAUCACCGAGACACCCGACAGACGUCCACUCAGGUUAAAUGGGACCGACUCAGUGACUGGAGAGAAAGGGUAGCAUAGGGUCACAGAAGUUAGUGGGAGCAGGGAGCGGGGAGGGCAAACAGUAGGCCAAACACAAGCCCCAAGCAUAGCACCCCCACCCCUACACUGGCUCCGAUCUCACAACGACCGGGGACAAAAGAUCACCUUCCACAGCCAGGGGACCUUUUAACCGCCCACUUGCAGCCAGGAACGAACCCUUAAAACUCCCCCCCAAACAACGUUAUCCCCUGACUACUCCGACGAAAUAGAGCAAAUACAUCUGAGGCGUGAGGAUCCCAACAAGGGGGAAGCCUUUACUGGAGGACCCACAUUAAGGGAAGGAGGGGAUAAACACUCACCUAGGUGGGGACGGGGAGAGGAAGUUAGAGGAGACUUAGUCAUAGAAAGCGGCCAACCAUUGCAGUAUCUUUUGGAGAUUGUUUAAGGUUAAAUCCUCAUGUUAGAGGAAACCAAUGUGUUAUAAUAUGUACCUGUUACUAAUGUUAAUUUUAUAUGUCAAGUUGAGGCUCAUACCACAUUGUCUAGAAGUGCAUAGAUCCGCCUGUACGGAGCGUGGACACCCGAACCCAUCAAGCCUAACCUCAACCCCGAAGGGAACUGGGUGACAAGCUCAGUACAGCCGAAUCCAACUCUGUUCGCCGGAGGGUGAUUAACUUUAACUCAAUGGGGGAUAGCCCCGAGUUAGUCCUGAGUGUUCGCCUAUGCGACACUCAACACGACACCUUUCCUUUUCUAGCCUUUCAUCUUCUUUUCUCCUUUCCUUUUUCUCCACAGGAGGUACGACGGACGAGGGGGGGGGGGAAUCCCACGGAUAUACGGGUAUGUUACUACACCACACUGUACACACACUAUGCGGAUAAUAUCACAUAAUGUUAAAGGGUUGAACACCCCGUCAAAACGUCAUACCCUCUACAAAGAAAUAAAACAACUGCAGGGCGACAUCAUAUGUUUGCAGGAAACACACUUCCGCAAAUCUGACCCAUGCCGCUUCGGCAUCAAACAAUUCCCAUACCAAUUCCACUCAACUUCAGACACUAAAUCCAAAGGGGUAUCCAUCCUUAUCAGCGGCCAAGUAUCUUUCUCCUUAAUCAAAAAAAUUGCUGACUCUAAGGGUCGCUUCUUAAUAAUCAUAGCUCUGAUCAACGACGUUACAUACACAAUAGGCAACAUCUACGCCCCAAAUGACCACCAAAGAGACUUCUUAACUAGAACCCUAGCCAAAAUCGACAAACUACAACAGGGUUUCCUUAUCCUAGGAGGAGAUUUCAACUGUAUCCAAGACCCUGUACUGGACUCAUCCUCCGUCAAAACCCCCACACGACUCAAAGCACUAUCGAAAUUAGCCAAACAACUAACCACACUUUUCCACUCCUACAAUCUUUACGAUGUAUGGAGGACCAAACACCCCCCAGACAGAGCAUACACAUACUACUCAUCUGUACAUAACUGUUACAGCAGAAUAGAUAGUUGUGUGCCUUUUACAUAAUACCUAACACAGGUCUUGGAAUGCGAGACUGGGAAUAUCGAAUGGUCAGACCACGCCCCGAUCAUCCUCACGAUAGCAGACAAAUUUGCCUUCAAAAACAAACCUCCUUGGCGACUCAAUGAAUCGCUUCUCCAGACCCCCCAUUUCACAGAAAACAUGCAGACGGAAAUUGACCAAUACUUUAAUGCUAAUGCAACACCCAUGAUGUCCACAGAAACACUGUGGCAAGCCCACAAAGCUGUAGUAAGAGGCCUCUUCAUAAAACAGGCUGCCCACGCAAAAAGAACCUCCCAAGCCAAACUCACAGAAUGGAGCAAAGAACUCCAACACUUAAAUACACAAAACCAAACAAAACCCACCAAACACCUUAAGAAACAGAUACUGCAGCUCCAAUCCAAAAUCCAAGAGGUACACCUGCACCGCACCAGCUUCAUGCUGAAAAAACUGAAACUUACCCACUACACUCAGGGCAAUAGAGCCGGAAAACUAUUAGCCUCCACACUGAAAGAACAACAGACUCGCUCCCGGAUACCACAUUUACACUCUGACACAAUUGGUAAGAUACUCUCCCCAGGAGACAUUAGUAACGAAUUCGCCUCCUUUUACACCCAGCUCUAUAACAUCCGGAACGACCAGGACCAACACCACGCCACUACCGAGGAAUCCACUACAUACCUAGACCACAUUAACACUACCACGUUGUCAGCAGACCAAAGGGAAUCACUGGCCAAACCAAUAACCGCAGAAGAAAUUGAGCAGGUUAUACAGAAUCUCCCAGCCAACAAAACACCAGGCCCUGACGGACUGUCUAACAUUUACUACAAAAAAUUCCGUAAAAGCCUGACCCCCCACUUGCUAAAAUUAUUUAACGAUGCAGUUCUCAGCUCCAAAUUACCUCAAGACAUGCUAGCGGCGACAAUAAUCACCCUGCCAAAACCAGGCAAACUCCCCACGCACUGUAAAAACUUCAGGCCCAUAUCCCUACUUAACUCAGAUGCCAAGAUAUUCGCCAAAAUAAUAGCCAACAGAAUGUCAGACGCUCUUACGACACUUAUCCACUCAGACCAAUCUGGCUUCGUAAAGGGGAGACAAGGCACAGAUAACACUAGGAGAGUACUUGACAUCAUGCACUCCAUGCAAAGACAACACACAAAAGGGAUUCUAGUAUCCCUUGACGCCGAAAAGGCAUUUGACCGCCUUAGCUGGAACUUCCUCGAAGCAGUGCUGAAAAAAUAUGACUUCCCAGACGAAUUCCUAUCCGCAGUUAGGGCACUGUAUAAUGUACCCACAGCGAAAGUACUAUACGGAGGCUUUCUCUCAGACUCCUUCACCAUCACCAAUGGGACGCGGCAGGGGUGUCCUCUGUCACCCCUGCUGUACGUCCUGGCCCUCGAACCACUCGCGACCCGAAUUAGGGCCCACCCUGACAUACAGGGAGUUCACAUAGGAAGUACUGAACACAAACUCAGUCUAUUCGCUGACGAUGUUCUCCUCACCAUCACACAACCAGACACCUCCAUCAAAGCACUCACAGAGGUUUUGAAAGAAUACAGCAGGCACUCAUACUACAAGUUAAACGAGGCCAAAACACAAGCCAUGACAAUUAACCUAGACCACAAGACGACACACAACCUCAAAACGCACUACAAUUUUGACUGGAGAAAUGACCAUGUGGUUUAUCUGGGAAUAAAACUAACAAAAAACCCGCUAAACCUAAUCAAAGCCAAUUACCUUAAAAUAGCCUCCGACAUCCGCACAAAACUGGACAAUUGGAAAGGUAAAUUUCUGUCCUGGCUGGGCCGCAUAGCGGCCUUUAAAAUGAUGCUGCUCCCGAAGCUGCAGUUCUUGUUCCGAUCCAUACCAGUGGAAGUCCCGAAGACAUACUUUAUCCAAUUGCAAAGACACAUAGACAGGUUUAUUAAUGACAGACGCAAAUCCCGCAUCCCAAAGGCCACAGCCACUAGAAAACUAGGAGAAGGGGGAAUAGGCAGACCAGACAUCCUAGCUUACUACAUAGCCACAAUACUCAGCCACACCAUCGCGGCACAAGAUACAAAAUACCAACCACCUUGGGUGGAGAUUGAGUCCUACUGGUCCCUAGCAGAAGGGAUCGCCUGUCUAUUCUGGAUACCUAAACCCCUGAGACCACAAAUGCACAACAUGCUACCCACCACGGCCCUAAUGCUAAAGACAUGGGACAAUAAAAAAGACAUGUUCUCCUCCUGGAGCCCAAUAUCGUUGGCUACCCCAAUCAAAUGUUUCAAAUACUACAUUCCCACCUUCGACAGCAGGGGAUGGGAGGGCAAGGGAACAGUCUUUCUACACCAAGCAUGGAGCGGGGAGAACUUGAUCCCUUUCCCCCAACUCAACCUGCCGCUGAGCACACCCCAAAUAAGUGGCCUGUCAUACCUACAGCUACAAUCCCUACUAAGAACCACCAACCAAACGAAACCCCUCCACCCACCCACAAUACAAAACAUGACCAAUAUAGAAAAAAUGUGCGCAGGGCUACUACCAAAGAAAAAGGUCAUAACAACCUGCUAUGAGGCAAUUUUGAAAGACGAUAAACGACCAAAGCCUAAAUACACCACAGACUGGGAGGUAGACAUAGGACGUAAAAUACCUGACGCCGCCUGGUCGGGAGCCUUUAAGAUACACAAAAAAUACACAAAAUGCAACUCCCACGUAGAAUUAAUAAGGAAAAUAGCCACCAGAUGGUACCUAACACCAGCGAAGCUAGCACACAUGUUCCCAAACACCUCUGACAAAUGCUGGAGAUGCAACACUGACAAGGGAACAAUGCUACACAUCUGGUGGGAUUGCCCAUUAAUCAAACCCUUCUGGGCGGAGAUCGCCAAGCUAAUGGGGGAAGUACUACACAAACCAAUACGGGAAUCAGUGGAAUUCUUCCUACUGUUCAUAUUCCCCGACCUCAUCUCAAGACAACAAGGGACUCUGGCAUUCCACAUACUGAUAGCAGCGAACUUGCUUAUAGCUAGGAAGUGGAAAUCCACCACUGCCCCCCCCAUAGGCGAAGUGAUACAACAGGUAUCUCUCAAUGGCCAGUACGAAAAAAUGGCCCAUGAGAGCUCUGAUAGACGCAAUAAAAUUCUAGACACAUGGGAAAAAUGGAAUGAAUGGGUGGAAGGGAAAAACCUUAGGGAUGCGGCACAGGAGGCAACAACCUGGCGGCAAAGGGGUACUGUACCCACACCACUUGAAAAGCAGAACCCAUAGGGACCACCACCUCCGUCCACUCUCCCCCCCCCCACCAACCUAGAAGACCCACGAUGAUAUCACUCGUGCCUAAAACUAACCCUCCUCUCGCUACUCCUUUGCUAGUUUCCUUUCUCUCUCUCUCUCUCCUCUCUAUAGGAGUCCUCACACCCAGCCCUAAGCUGGAACUUCCUUAAAACUCCUGGGGUCCACACAGUCGGACACAACACAGAUUACCAAAGGCACAUAAAGAUGAUGCUACCGCAGUCUUUAGAGACCUUAUAGGUACGGAAAGACAAACGAGAUAAGGGGCCAGCUACAGACAAACUACAAAUUUAAUGAGGCACGGAGUAAACUAGCUGGCGGCCCACAGAAAGCAAUGACCAUGCAUAUACAAUUGUAUAACUAUAUAAUAAUGUAACGUUAAGAUAAAGAAUGCACGCAACCAAUGUAACAAAACAUAGUGCUGAUACACUGUUCGAUUGUACUAACUAAUGUGUCUUGUGCCUGUUUGGAUUUCCGGAAUAAAAAAGAAAUAAAGAAUAAAAAAAAAAAAAACGUAUAACAACAAUUAUAUCAUCAGUAAAAGUGCUGUUUGUGUGUGAAAAAUGCAAAAAAAGUCACUUUCACUGACAAUAUCAUCGCUGUGAUAUGUUUUACUGUUUUGAAUCACUAAUAUUUGUGUUCAGCGAAGUCUCCCGAGUAAAACAGUACCCCCCAUGUACAGGUUUUAGGGUGUCGUAGAACGUUACAGGGUAAAAUACAGUGCUAGCAAAUUCAAUUCUCUGGAAUUUCGGCCUGGGUUGGCAGGCAGGUCCCUUAAAUUGCAAUCAAUAAAAUUACUGAAUUAUGUAAAACUAUUACAUAAAUACGCACGUAGAAUUUAAAUAUAUAUGCAUAUUUAUAUAUUUGAAGUCUAUGUGUAUAUUUAUAUAAUUAUUUAUGUAAUUUUGUAUAUGGACAUAUGUAUAUUUCUUAUUAUUUUUAUUUAUUUUUAUAUACAUAGAUAUAUAUACAAAUUCAUUCUAAGUGUAUUUUGAUAUAAAUAUAUAUAUAUUAAUUUUAAAAUACAGUUAGAAUAAAAUUUCAUAUAGAUAUAUAAUUUUUUUAAAAUUUUUUAUUAUUUUAAUUUUUUUUUAUUUAAUUUAAAUUACUUAUUAUUUAUAUUUUAUAAUAUAUAUAUACAAUAUAUGUAGUUAUUAUAUAUUAUAUAUAUACGUGUGUAAUUUAAUUAUAAGUGUAUUUUUAUAUUAAUAUAAGUACAUAUUAAUAUAAAAAUACACUUAGUAUGGCAUUAUAUAUGAUAUAUAGACAUAUAUUAUAUAGAUAUAUUAUAUGUCUAUAUAUCAUAUAUACACAUAUAUAAUUAUUAUUAUUUUUUUUAUUACCAUUAACUUUAUAUUUAUUUUUGAUUUUACACUAGCAGGGAGACUGCCUGUCAGCACAGACAGUCCCCCUGCAGGCAGAUACUAGGACACCUAUUGUGACCAUGUGAUUGCUGUGUUAAGCGAUCACAUGGCCACAGGGGUCCUAAUCUGCCGUGGGGAGACUGUCUGGGCUGCAGGCAGUCUCCCCACAACGGGAGCAACGCUGAUCGCCGCCGGGGGAACGACGGCGAUCAGGUAAGUACCCCCAGACCGUUAGGACGGUUCAGGACCGUCAUCGGUCCUCAAGGCAAAAAUGCCGAUGACGGUCCUGAACCGUCCUCGGUCGCUAAGGGGUUAAUUAAGCUAAAGUUGUUUUGGUGACUAUAGUAAUGCAUUAUAGCCUCUUUGUAUCAUUUUGUAAUGCAUGCAUGCAGUUUUUGGUGUUUCUAAGUUUUCCAGGAUUACCCAUAAGCCUUUGGGGGGCAAACGUCUUUAAGCUUGUUUAAGUCCGAAGUACUGCUCAAUCUGACUAACUGCAUUUACAAAUCCUGUCCUGUUCAAAAUCGAAGUCUGAGAAGGUUUCAGAUUGUGCAUGCUCUCCACAAAUUAAAAGUGCUACUAAGCAAAAAGGACUUAAAGGGUUAUUCAAAACCUUUUGUGUAAUAUGCCCUAUUGUGCCUAUUGAUAAUGCCCCCCACCACCCGCUCAGUUUGUACUUAAACAUGCAUAAAAAGCUUAUUUACCUGGAAAACAUUCCUGGGUUAGGCUCCCGGGGCUGGCAUCCACGCACCCACCAAUGUCACAGGGGUCUUGGGGCGGCCCAAUCCCAGACUUCUCAUAAAGAUUGUGAUUGGACCAUUUUGCUGGCUCGGAAUGCUUUCACAUGCUCUGGGUUUGCUAGAGGACGGAGUGAGCAGAAGAAGGUUUUUGAAACAACUUGAUCGGAGGGAGACGGGAGAGAGCGUAAUAUGGGAAGGAAGAGAAUGCCGCUGACUUAAAAAAUAAUAAAUAAUAAUAAUAAUCUUGUUUGAUUUUUUUAUUUAUUUUUUUUUUUAAUGUAAAUCCUUGACAUAUGACAUUAGACAGCCUGGAACAGAGUUCUGGGUGGCCUAAGUCACUUGUGCUGGGGAUGCAAUCCGUGCAGAUAAUUACGUAUGUGCAGUGUUGGGUCGCUCACAAGGAGUAAUGCCAGGAAAUUCACUAAAAAGUGAUUAACUUUUAUAGAUUAUUGGAAAAUCAUGCUUAAUAUCACACCCAAAGUACAAAUCGUUAAGAUAUUGAUCGCUUUCAUAAACAAAGGUUGAACUAACUUGUGCUACAAUAGUAGAAAAGCCUUUUAGUAUUGUGUGGUUGUUUUCCCUAUAUGUCCCAGCAGAAUGGGAAUAGGAAAUAUUGUUAAAUUUGAUUAUAUUUAUAUAUUUGAUAUGUUUGUGUGUAUAUAUUUUAUUUUAACAUUGUUAUUAGUGGUAUUAACCUAUAUUGGCAGCAGCUGUUAUUUGUAUCUGCUGCUAUUAAUUCUGCCCCUCUCCCUAAACUUAUAUUUUGGGAAAGUUGUUGCGUAGACACUGCUGCUCACUGUCCUAGUAUGUCUAAAAUGAGAGGUGCAAAAUCAGAAACGGCUUCUGCCCACUCUGACUGGGACAUGUGUAUCUCAGAUUAAGAUUAAAUAAACCAUAAUCUAUCUCUACCAUUAAUUUUAGCCUUUGUCCAAGUUCUUUCCCUAAUUAAAAACAAAAACAAGAUUGCAAUAUAAAAGAUACAUAAAAUAAAUCACACUAUACUGCUGGCACUCUUUUGGCCAUCUGGUGCUGGUAUUGAGGCCUACCCAUAUCCCACCUAAUUUUCUCCUAGUAAUUCAAAUAAAUACCACACUCAUGUUAUUUAUAAUUGCCUAGGUUGGUUUUCAUUGUAUAAUUGUACAAUUGAAACUAAUUUUGCCAAUUCUAAAUAAUCAGAGUGUUCUGGAGACUUGACCUUCAGUAAAAAUGUUUUAUGUUUCCAGAUCUUAAUGUCAUUAUUUCCCCCAAAAUACAUGUUUUGCUGUAUUCUAUCUUUCUAUGCUUUGCGGCAUUGUGUCGUUUUAUAAUGUUCUGAAUUAUGCCUUUCAUCGCCGGAGUUCGGGCUCCGAACUGUUAACCUUUCAAAAAAUUUUUUUACAAAAAUCAUUAGAAAUGCAUUUUCUUCACGUUACUGUCAAAGGAGGAAAAAACAAAAUGAUGACUAAAUGGCUAUUGUGUGCUGGUCUAAACUACAAUGUUAAAAGCGUUAUCAUUGAACUGAUGAGGGUUCUCAGUAAAGAGCAAUUCUAGGACUUAGUAAUCACCAUGGAAACCACUGGAAUGUUUCGACCUGUUGCUCAGAUUUGCCCCUUAAUUGUUCCCUGUGCAGAACUUGUGGUGAUUUGCACAGUUGGCAAGGACACUCAGCCAAAAACCUGCCUCAUGUGGAAUUCAGACUAUGGAACCGCGCACGCACAAAAAUACAGUAUUUUAACAUUUUACAAGGCUACUAAAACUCACCUAUCUCAGCAAACCUUUAUGGACAAUGUGUGGGAAUAUGUUGUAUUAUAUAUAUUCACAGUGCUCUUGCAUCAGAAUAAUAACAUACACUUGAGCUCAUUUAUCACUGAAAAUAUUUGAUUUGUCUUCCACGUAGAAAUUAGUGUAGGACCCAAUGAUAUUAGGGUACUGUGGGUAGUGGCGGCUUAACACGAAUAUGGCCAUAUGGUGGACCUGAAUCCCCAAAUUUUUUUGCUAAGAGAGGUGAUUUUAAGUAGCCAUGUACAUUUUAAAACUGUUUUUGUGUGGGUACUGUUCCUUAAAGGGACACUAUAGUCACCAGGACAAUUACAGCUUAUUGUAUUUGUUCUGGUGAGUGUAAUCAUUCCCUUCAGGCUUUUUGCAGUAAACACUAUAUUUUCAGAGAACAUAACUCCACUGGCCACUCCUUAGAUGGCUACUAGAGGUGCUUCCUGGGUCAGUACUGCCUAAUGUUCAGCACUGCCAUUCAGUGUCUCCACCCUCUGCAUGCAGACACUGAACUUUCCUCAUAGAGAUUCAUUGAUUCAAUUCCUCUCUGAGGAGAUGCUGAUUGGCCAUGGCUGUGUUUGGCUCGUGCUGGCUCUGAUCUGCCUUCUUGACAGUCCCAGCCAAUCCUAUGGGAAAUCAUUGUGAUCGACUCAGAGGUUCACGUCUGAUGUCAGCCAGGCAGGCAGAUCAGGGGCAGAGGCAGCAACUCCAGACUUGAAUACAAGUAAGAUUUUACUAUAUUUAGGGAAACCAGGGAAGCCAGGGGGUGCUUGAUGGUGAUUUUAGCUUUAUAGGGUCAUGGAUACAUUUUUGUGUUCCUAUAGUGUUCCUUUAAUAUGUAUUUUUGUAUUUACAGCAGUAGCACUGCUGAGAAAUGCAUGCUCCAGGUGUGCUUCAAAUACCCUUUUUUCUAUACAUGUGUAACUCUGAAGAUUCAUUAAUUUUGAUCUCAGGGUUCCUGGUAAUUGAGUAGACUUUUCAGCUAGUAUGAUCAAACCUAAUUCCUUUAAAUAUAUGCCAAGUCUUAUUCAUUAGUCAUUCAAUAAGACUCGACAGGUAAAUCACUGACAGAUCCAAUAGUUAAGGAAAAUAAUUUCUGUAGAAGUCACUUGACUAGAAAGACCAGAACCGCCAAAUUCACAGAAUUCCUUCUAAUAAACAUCUAGGACAGGAGAGGCAACCUUCACUCCACAUGUCCACAACAUCUCUGUGCCAAAGGUUGCCUGUUCCCUAAUCACAUUCCUUUCUGCCCUGUAGGGAAUUAAAUGGACUGCGUUUAUCAUUCCUUGGUGCGUGUCUUUCUCUCACCUUCUCGUUAUAUUUAUUUACCAUUUAAGGGCCCUGCCUGGAAGUUUUCUCAGCUGUCUACUUCGAAGACUCGAAACUCUAAGAAAUGCUGCUGUACACACCAUAGUGGGGGCUUUUUUGUCCUAAAUGCCAUUUUUCGGACUCCUGUUAUUAUCUUUGAUACUGAUGACAUUUCAAAAAGUUUUAUUACGUAAAGCAAAAUAAAAUAAAAUAAUCUGCUAAAAAUGUAUUUUCCUUGAAGUCAUAUCAUACAUUUUUAUGAAUUCACUGAAAAGGCAUGGCUAUGGGCACAAUCUCUUGUGAAACUGUUUUCAGUUUAACAAAACCAGAAUCUGGAGAACUCAAAGUCCACUUGUUAUCUUGCCAUGUUGCAGUAAAGAAAUCUCACUUUGUGGAGAAUUUCUGACUGCUCUAUAAAGAUGCAGAUUUUUGGUCUUCUUUGAUUUUGAGUUAAGUAAUUGUGGCAAUGUUGGGUUAGCUUUGCUUUGAUCAAAUCUGGCCCAAUGCACAUUUCUCGGAUAUUACAUUUUGUGUUCUUUGUAUAUUUUGGUGUAUUUGUCCCCAAACUUGCAAAAUCUCUAGAAAGACAUUGAUUAUGGCGUGGAUGUACAUUGUGUUUAACAUAUGGCUUCUCUAUAGUUAAACCUUCACCCUAUCAAUGCCUUCAUGAUGGAAUAAUAAGCCCCACAGACAUAUCCUGUCUGGACCUCUACCUGCCAUUCACACAAUGCUUACAUCUCCAGCUACUGCGUGUGCUAAUUACCUCCUCAUGUGUGUAAAGGGCACCAUAUGUUGUAUAUGCAUGAUAAAGCAUUGGUGUCAGGCUCAGCCGGCUGGCUGAUAACUGGGGGCAAGAGUCAAUGGAUUAGAAAAUCCAGACUGCAGAGCAUUUUAAAUGUUUGGAACGCCAGGAACCUGGCAGGAAAUAUUAACACGGACCAGGUUUGUACAGCUGGGACAAGGUAUUCUAUACAUUUAUCGUGCUGGGUCAGAGUCUAUAUUUACAUUUAAAUAAACAUUACGGAAUGUUCCCAUCUGCACAGUUCUGCACCUAGACGUAUAAGCAAACCUAACCAGCAUCCCCCAAAAUUACAGUUUAGAUACCUCUAUAAUCUUAUUAUUGUCUGCUACUGUUUAAAAAAAAUAAAUAAAAAAUACCACCAAUGGAAACUGCAGUUUUGUGAUUGCUGAUCCAUUUCUAAAUUUGUUACACUUGGAAGUACUUUAUAAACUCUGUUCCGUCCUCAAGUGAAGUCCUUCUCCCCUCUUGACCAAUUACCUCAUGCUAGACUGUAAUAAACGUGAACAGACUUUGUCCAUCUUUGCAAAUACAGUGGAAAUGAUGUGCCUAGGUGGCAGCUCUUCUGUCUCUUCUAGAUUGUGGGUUUUAAUUUAUAUUUUCAGGGUCAUAGACCGGAUUUACGUAUGCAUCUCGUGAUCUGUGUACCUUCUUUAUUAGAGGAGGAAGAUCUGGAGAAAAUGCAAACAAAUAACUUUUUUUUUUUUUUUUUAAAUCCCAUUCUCCCCCAUUCAGCAGUAGGUUAUGAGAGCUUUGUCAAUAAGCUUGCACUUUAGAGAAGUCCUCACUAUUUAAUCAUUUAGAAAUGGGUGGUUUUCCAUCUGCCCUCUAGUGGGAUAUGGAGAAAGCAUUAAAGAUUGGCCGAGUGCUGAUCUGUGACUAAUCCCUUGUUCAUUUGUCACUUAACACUCCAGGAACCUCUGAACAUUUUGCAUCUCUCACCUCUGAGCUUUUAUCAGACAUUUCGAGGAGGGGGGCCGGGGUCUUUAAUUUAACAGCUGUAUUAUAGUAAUAUAUUACUACUUUUCAAAGCCAGUGCAUGGGUUAUGCGGAUACUUUAUUUACAGGCCUUCAUUUCUUCCUGAUUAUGUGAGUAGACUUGUUAAUGGUUAUAAAUUAAGAUUCCUUUUUAUCUAUUUUUGAUUUAAAAUACCAACCCAGUUUAUCCACAAAAUCUAUCCCCUGUGGAUUUAUUAAUAUUUUAUACAUUUUGGAACAUGUCAGUCCAUUCUAUUUAUUUCUGUCGACCUUUUCGUUGGAAUUAAUCUUAUUUUCCUCCUUGAUUACUUUGAUAAAUCCUUUCUCCUAAAUGCUGUGCAGCUUUGAAUAUUUCUAUAAAGAUUGCAGUAUCCUGAUACACAGAUCCACCCAAGGGAUAUAUUUGUGGCUGCAUACGUGCACAGUAGGAAUUGUGGGCAAGGACAGUGCCUUCUACUGGUAGAAUGUCUGUCUGUGCUGCUGAUUAGGACUCCCAACGAUGUCGCAAGCAGAGCAGUAAAGCCCAGAAAGGUCAAAAUUAACAAAACAAAAAACGCUAAAUCAUGUUUAAUUUACACAUUUGCUAGUAACUUUGUUAGCGCAAUGUAAAGUCGUUUACCCUGCCAUUUAGGCUGAGAGGUUAAAUCUCCAAUUAGAUUAUAAAUUUACGCCUGAGGGUAGGCAGUCAUAAUGUCAGAGGACAGUGAAAUAUAAGCGCAAAUAAAAAUACAUUGUUGAAGUCUUGUACUCAAACUCCUAUCACUUCAGGGCAUUUGCACUGUCUACAGCACUUGACAGUGUUUGUGGGAAAGCAUGUAUUUCUCAUGAUGAGAUUAGAUUAUAAUUCUGGAUUGCAAAGUAGAUAUGGAAGUCAUGUAGUAGAAUGAUGAGAAAUCUUCGAAACAAAGACUAAAAGGGUAGUUUUUGGUUGUGAUGCGCUUCAUGGCAGAGCUUGUUUUGUCCCUUUUAGUCCAGCUGUGUGUGUUUACACUCCUUGCCCAGAUCCCAAUCAGUUUAUUCUACAUUCUUCAGAAAUGAUACAUGCUGGCAUUAGUCCUUAUGAUAUACUCGCUAAACCAGCAGGUAUUAAAAAUCCUGGAAAAAAUGAUUCAGCCCAUUUAUUUUACCAGUUUAGGACCUAAACGGGGCUAUUCCCUGUCUGUUUUUCACAAUUCUAUUUUGCAAAUAAACUAAAUCCCAUGUCCAGCAUCUAAAUUUGAGAUUCCCUCCUGCAUUCAAUAGACCAAUAGACGGGUAGUGCAUUUCUCCAUGUAUACAUAGUUUGAUUUAAAUAUCUUGCGUGGUUUGGAAUAAUAACGAACCGAUCAAGAAUCUGGAAAUGUGUUUAAAAAAAAAAAAAAAAGGAAAAUAAAUAAAAUGAAUAAAUUAAUUUUAUGUAUUUUUUUUUUUUUAGUAUUACAAAGUUCUAGUCGGGGGUUUUGUGAAGUUCUGCGUGUGUAGUUCAGUUGGCGGUUGUUCUGUACUUGCUGUAAGGAGUUCAGAACAUUAAACACUUGACCUUGUCCUUUUGACCGUAGGAGUUGUAGCAGCAGACUGAAACUGUAUCACAUAUUCGUGAGGAGGAAAAUCUAUUGUACAGACUUCAAACCAGGCUUUUUAUAACCGAGUUCCUGUAAUGAACUAUAGAUUUUUAUAUGUUUUACACUCUCUUCGGGUUUCCGAUUCCGCCUGUGUAUUUCUCAUGUGCGUCUGACCUGGUCGCAUGGUGCUAAUUUCGUGGAUGAAUGUUAUUGGCAUUCUUUUUGAAGUUCCUAACUCUAUGAUUUUGUUAUUGAUGUUAUUCAAAAAGAGAUCUGAAGCUCCGUAUGGGGUCAGGGUUAAUAUAUAAAUAAAUUCUCAUGAAGUCUCUAGGACGGAUCCCUGUUCUGCUUGUAUUUUACCGCUCUGAAAGCUGGUUCAUUAAUCAGGGUAUUCUAGGUAAGGUCACUCUAGUUAAUGUGUUGUGUGCGUCUUCAAAAAACAGAAACAAAGGUGUCAAUAGGUCUGGGAGAGACCUGAAUGGAUUUCUUGUCUGGAAUUCAUCUUAUGUGCCAUAAUACUAUCUAUUACACUCUGUGCCGUAGUCUCGCCUUCCUCUCUCCUGCCCUUUCUUUCUGAAUCAUAAUGUCCCCAAAAGGUUCUCAUUUUGUCCUUUGCGUCAUCAUACUCUAUCACCUUUCUCCUCUUGCCUACUGUGCUAAAAUAACUCCCUCAACCUUUCUCCUUCCUUACUCUCUGCCAUAAUUACUUUUCACUUAAAUUUUUCUGUUUUCUGUGCAAAUAUAACCUUUUCACGUAUCUCUAUAUUCUGUGCCAUAAUGCCUUUUGAACUUGUUUUUCCGUUCCUUGUGACCUGAUACCUCCUGAUCUUAACCUGGCUGCUAUUUGCUCAUCUUAUGCGGAUGCGACGUGCCAUUGUUUGCGUGUACUGUAUAACAUUCCGAGGUCAUUGAAUGGUAAUACUAUAUAUAUUCUGAUCAUGCAGCUGGCAUUAUCAGAGUUGCGUGAUCUUGCUUCUGCAGAUAAUGUUGCCACGGAAACAAACUAUUUGCUUUGACAAUCGGGAAAUCUUUGUAAGAUCACAGCAACAGGUUUUUGGCCUUAUCUCAUUUGAAAGGGCAUGAUGGCAGUGAAUUGGUUAGUUGAGGACAUCAUGGUAUAACAAUUGUAAUCUAAUUAUCCCCAGCACUUGCGAGUUACAGAAUUGUUAUCAAUGCUACUGAAGCUGCACUGAAUAUAAAAUGAUAGCUACAUGAAGAUCUUACCAGAUUGCAUAGAUAUCUUGAAUUUACACGACCCUAUAUUCAUUAGCAAGCUUGGAAUUAUUGAAGGGCAAUUUGUAACAUACAAUAAAGUACGCCAUUGAGUAACUAUUAACUGAAUAUUGACUUUGAAUUGAUCCCAUAAAAAAAAUGCCUUAGUCAGUUCAGUUUCUGGCAUGCGCCAGUCCACCAAAUCUCAGAGUACCAGAUCCAGUCCUCGGUUUUAGGUAUAAUCACACCGGGCCGCUAAAGUAAAAUUCUCUGACCGUGAGACUCUCAUCGAAUUGAUCAGCCUGAUUAACUUAUAAUUUAUAUUAUUGUGUCAAAGCAAGGUUUCCCUGGGUCCCUGCAGUGUGGCCCUCUCUCUUGUUACACUUCCGCAUUGGCAUUAUCAAUUUUACCCAGAGAUUAGUGGAAAUUAUACUCUUAAAUAGUUACAUUAUUUCAGCGUGGGAGAGGGCUGAUUUUAAAAUGGUGUCAGCUGCCUCAUAUGAGCUGCAUAACUCACACUAAUCUUAGGCAGCCUGGGGUGUCUGACCCAGUAAAACCCUGAGGUUAAAGUCAACUUAACACCAACAGUAAAAAAUGAUAUUAUCUAUGAUCGGAAAAAAAAUCCAAAUAGUACUUGCACUCAGUCAAAACAAAAGUUGCAGUUAUCUGGGUCACCUCUAAAGACCCUAAAUCACAAAAUACAAAACCACCAAAUGAUACCACAGUCAAGAAAGUGUAUAUGAAUAUAAAUUUAUUGCCACAACUAAAUAAAAUUGGAAAUAGUACUCAUCUAUCCUGUGUAAACACAGCAAAGUUAUGAUGAUAGUCCUAUUCAAUGGUUUGCCCACCACUAUAAAAUAUAUUCUUAUCAGAAGAUAAUAGGCAGGCAGUAUUGUAUAUAUUUUGUAUAUAUGUUGUAUAUAUUUUGUUUUGUGUUGCACUCUAGACUGAUUGUAUCGGUAUAUCUAGCACUGUACCUUCUUUCUUGUACUUGAGCUGUGUAUAGGUAGACAACAUGUUUUGGUGAUCUGACAUUAAAGGACCACUAUAGGCACCCAGACUACUUCAGCUUAAUGAAGUGGUCUGGGUGCCAGGUCCAGCUAGGAUUAACCCUUUUUUCUGUAAACGUUGCAGUUUCAGAGAAACUGCUAUGUUUAUAUUAGGGUUAAUCCAGCCUCUAGUGGCUGUCUCAUUGACAGCCGCUAGAGGGCUUCCGCGCUUUUCACUGUGAUUUUCACAGUGAGAAGACGCCAGCGUCCAUAGGAAAGCAUUGAUAAUGCUUUCCUAUGGACUGGAUGAAUGCGCGUGCGGCUCCUGCUGCGCAUGCGCAUUCAGCUGAUGACGGAAGAAGAGGGAGGAGAGGAGGAGGAGGAGAGCUCCCUGCCCGGCGCUGGUGAAAGAGGUAAGUUUAACACCUUCCUCCCACUAGAGCCCGGCGCAAGGGGGACCCUGAGGGUGGGGGCACCCUCAGGGCAAUAUAGUGCCAGGAAGACUAGUAUGUUUUCCUGGCACUAUAGUGGUCCUUUAAGUGUUUUAUACUCUGUCUCUACACUUUUUUUUAUAGUAGUGGGCAAACCAUUGAAUAAGACCUUUGGUGUCUUUACACAGGAUAGAUGAGUACUAUUUCCAAUUUUAUGAAGUUGUGGCAAUAAAUUUAUAUUCAUAUACACUUUCUUUCUUGAGUGCAGUAUCAUUUGGUUUGGUAUUGUCUAUGAAAUAUUAUUCUAUGUACUACUUGCGUAGUAUUUUACUUUCCCUUUAUUAACCAUGUAAAGAUACAAUUAUAAAGUUUUUGCAGACACAUUUUUGUUUGUGGCUGGUGUCUGCUUUUGUUGAUGUUACAAGAAGCCAUUUAUAUACAUUUGAUAGUUUAUUUUAUCUCUUUUUUUUCCCCCAGGUACUGAAACAUUUGUAAGACUGCAAUGACAAGUCUGGACAGCAGCCAUGCAGAGAAAACACACCAGGGCGCUUCCAAGCAGUCUGCACCAAAGGUGCAAGUCCAGCGAUCAGUUUCCCGAGAAACCAUCACCAUUCGCUUCUCGGCUUUUGGGAAGGAAGAGGAAGAGGAGGAGGAGGAAGAAGUAUUUAGGGAGACGCUGGAUGAGCAAAGCAUUGUAACAGCCGUGGAAGCUAAAGAGGACCUUUACUUUGAACCCGGUACGCACUUAAACCCGAGGCCUGAUACCUCUCCCAGUGUAGCUGUGAUUGAGGUGUCCUCAUUAACGCCAUGUACUGUUAAGCCAACUGUAAAUGCUGGUGAAGUCAUUGAACCUUCUCCUGCACCCAACACAGUCAGUGCUGUGCCAUUGUCAUCGUCAUCAUCAUCAUCUGUCUCUCGGACGUGUCCUGAAGACAAUACUGCCAAUGUUUAUCCUCCCGAAGAACACAAAACAUCAAUAUUUUCAUCACCAUCCAAAGUUAAUGCUUUGUCCUCUACAACAUCUGCUCCAUCUAUUUCUAGUUCAAAGCCCUUCCUUAGCCUGGUGAAAUCCCUUUCUACAGAGGUAGAGCCAAAAGAACCGACCCCACCAGCCAGGCAUCGCCACUUAAUGAAAUCCCUUGUCAAAUCUUUAUCAACAGACACUUCUAAGCAGGACUCUGAGCCAUCAAAGCCACCAGAUUCCAAAUUAAACCUGCAUUUGUUUAAGCAGUUUACACAGCCUCGAGUUACUGGUGGAGAUUCCAAAACUGCCCCUUCGUCACCCAUUACCUCUCCAUCAGAUGGCCGCUCCUUUUUCAGGGUCACUGAGGUGGAGGCUAGAAUUGAAGACACUAAAAGGCGUUUUUCAGAAGUAAUUUAUGAACCAUUCCAACUUCUGAGCAAGAUUAUGGGAGAUGAUUCAUCAAGCUACAGGCCCAAAGCCUUAUCUUCGAGUGCUUCGGAGCUCUCUAACAUUUCCAGUUUGAAUGGUCAACUUGAAAGCAAUAACAACUACAGCAUCAAGGAGGAAGAAGGGGAUUCAGAGGCUGAUUGUUCUUCUGGGAAUGCAACACUUGGAAAGGAUGAGAAGAUUGGAGAACACAUGAAGGAUCUGGAUUCUAGAACACACGUGCAGACAAAAGAUGCAACUAUACGAAUGUCUGCUCUGGAGUUGGAGAAGUGUUCUUUGUCUGCGUUGGCUAGCCGAGAAGACGAAGAGUUUACUGAACUGUAUGCUGAAGACUUUGAACUUGAUGAAGUAACUGAAGGAGAUCAUGUUUUAUAUGAAGGAGAGGCUCAGGGCAGGAACGAGGCUCUGUCUGAAGAUGAAGUAGAUAGUCAUGUGGAAGGUUCUCAUAUUCCUGUUAAAACUUUGUGCUUUCUUGUUUUCGUGGUAUACGGUUACUUUCUGUUACCCCUCCCGAGCUAUGUUGAUGGACUCUGUCUGGGGAUUGCAUUUGGUUUCAUGGCUGCGAUUGGUAUAAUUUGGCUAUUUUCAUCUCCACGUGCUCACUAUUGUAAAUUUCACUCAAAUCAGGAGCAGCUGAGAGUCGAACCUUUGCAGAUUGACGAGCCGGAGAUAAUGAAGGUAAAUUUGUAUGCAUUUUUUGUAAAAGGAAUUCACUAACCCUGUAAACUCAAAUCUGAUUGUCACAUUUAAAGGGACACGCCAGGCACCCAGACCACUUCUGCCCAUUGGAGUGGUCUGGGUGCCAACUCCCACUACCCUUAACCCUGCAAGUGUAAUUAUUGCCGUUUUCAUAAACUGCAAUAAUUACCUUGCAGGGUUAACUCCUCCUCUAGUGGCUGUCUACUAGAAAGCCACUAGAGAGGGCACUUCCUGGUCUAUAGCACAGGUUCACGCUGUGUGAGGACCUCCAGCGUCGCUAAAAUCCCCAUAGGAAAGCAUUUUCAAUGCUUUCCUAUAGAGAGGUCUAAUGCGCCUGCGCGGCAUUGGUCAGUCUCCCCCGCUGGCAGACGUGAUGAAGGGGAGGAGCGUGAGCGGAGGAAGAAGCAGCGAUGUGGGACAUGUCGCUGCCUCUGGUAAGUCACUGAAGGGGUUUUCACUCCUUCAGCAACCGGGGAUGGGAGGUGGGAGGGAGAGGGGACCUGCAGUGCCAGGAAAACUGAUUGUUUUCCUGGCACUGGAGAGUCCCUUUAAAUGUGUUUUAUUGCAACUAUGAAGAUAAAACAGAUAAUCCAGGAUCAGAGUGCAGUGCCACAAACCUUUUUAUAAUGCUGUCUUGCCUAUUUUUUUUUUUAUUUUGUUGCUACAACAUCAAAGAUGAAAUGUUCUUUGUCCUAAACCAGGCCUGCACAACUUGUGACCUCCCAGAUGUUUUGAACUACUACUUCCUUGAUCCCAUGGCUAUCAGCCAUGAUUUCCUGGUUAUCUGUUUCAUUCAAAAAAACAUGGGUGUUGGCUAUCUGUUUCAUUAAAUGAAUAAUGUGCACUAGCUAUCCGUUUUUUAUUCAAAGAAUCAUGGGCAUUGUAGUUCAAAAACAUCUGGGGGGCCGCAGGUUAUGCAGGCCUGCCCUAAAUGUUCCCUUUCAGUCAUGGCAGCAGGGGUGCGCUGCUUGAUGAUGGUCAACAACAUGCUCCCAAGAUGGCCACAUAUGCAUAAACUCUUCCCAUGAUUCCAUGUAUGCCUUUGGACAUAAUUGAUGUUGGACAGUGUCAGAGCAACCUUGUAUUUGCUAAAAAUUGAGUUAAGAAAUAGCAGAACUAAUUGCUAACUAUUAUUUGGGUAUUAGAUUGUGGAAUUUUUCUUCAUGUGACAGUUCCUCUUUUAUGGGAAUAUCUUUAAAAAAAACAAUCUGAUAAGUUGAUGCUGAGAACCUUCCUCUGCCAGAUGACCCUGCUGAUGUAGGCUUGUGAGAUUUCAACAAAGGACUUUUCUAGGGAAAGGCUGUGCAACGGGAGGAGGAGUUAUUUUUGGAAGGAGCAGAGUACUUGUAGAAUAGGAGAAGGAAGGAGCAGAGUCCUUGUAGAAUAGGAGAAGGAAGGGGCAGAGUCCUUGUAGAAUAGGAGAAGGAAGGAGCAGAGUCCUUGUAGAAUAGGAGAAGGAAGGAGCAGAGUCCUUGUAGAAUAGGAGAAGGAAGGAGCAGAGCCCUUGAAGAAUAGGAGAAGGAAGGAGCAGAGCCCUUGAAGAAUAGGAGAAGGAAGGAGCAGAGCCCUUGAAGAAUAGGAGAAGGAAGGAGCAGAGCCCUUGAAGAAUAGGAGAAGGAAGGAAAAUAAAAAAUAUAGGAAGGACAGAAUUGUUGUUGGCUAAUAAUAAGUGCUAUACCUAGCUCAGCCUUCCUGCUGGGCAUUGCUAUAAGGAAGGUAAAAGAAAAGAAUAAAGGAAAAGGAGAUUUAUAAAUAAAGAAAAAAAGGAAAAAAAUAAGAAGGGGGGGAAUUGAGAAGGGAGAGACGGGGAGCUGAUGCACAGACGAGAAAUCAUUUUAUGCGCAAACAGAGAAAUCGUCUAAAUAUCACCGAAAGAGGAGACCUUCGUUUGUUCCUUACAAAAAUCGAACCAGAUAUUAAAUAUUUAGUUUCGCAGCAUCAGCCUCAAGGAUCUCAUUAAUCAGUAGUAAGGGUAAUUUAAAUUUUCUUUGCUUUCUCAUUAAACUUUAUAAAGUUAAAAACAUUGUAACCAUGCAUAAAGUAGAAUUAUAAAGAUUGAUGUAAGUACAGAUUUUUUUUUUUCUUCAACACCCUCCUUUCUAAAAUAUAUUCUGCACUUGCGGUAAAAAAACAAAUCGGAAACUGGUGGGCAGUAAGUAAAUAUUUCCAUCAAGAAAGAUGCAUAAGUGGGUGGUAGGUAGAAAAAGGUUGACUACCCCUGGUCUAGAACCUUUCCUGGCCUGUUGCCUUAUUGUUAGAAGAGUUGGGUGGAGAACAAUUUGGGUAAAGGAUUUUGCUAUAUAAAAAAAAAUUAAACACUUUCUAUAAAGAUUUUCUAUAUGAAUUUCUAUAUGACCUACCAAGCACUCAAUAAACCCUUCUGUAACAAUCUAUUUAAUUCCCCUACUUUAACCCUUUGUGUCACUAUACCCCACUCCCUCUAGCAUGUAAGCUCAUCGAGCAGUGUCCUCAACCCCCUCUGUUCCUGUACGUCAGUGGUCUGAUCUCAAUUAUGUGUCUGUUAGUCCACCCAUUGUACAGCGCUACGGAAUUUGUUGGCGCUAUAUAACUCAUCUAAUAAUAAUAAUAAAGAUGUAAAAGUGUUUAUUUUAUUUUAUUUAAAAAAAAAAUAAUAAUAAUAAUAAAUGUGUGGAAAGAUGCAUGGAUUGAAAUUAUUAAAGCCAUGCUUAUUUUGGGGGUAGGAUUUCCUAUAAAUGAUCGAUAAAUCUAUGGAAAGGUCUCCUUACCACUGGCUUUUCUGCAUUGAAUUAGACUCCAUGCUGUCAACAGCCUCAUAAAUUGUUUUAAAUCUUUAAUUUAUGCAACAUUUUUUGAUUUUAUUCAACUUGCAAACAUUGUGUAUUUUGGUUAAAGUCCGGACCUGGUAUAUGAUGGAAAUGUAUGUGUGCAGGGUAUGGCUAAGAAGGGAAUGUCUCAGACCUGGUAUAGGAUCUUGGUUUGGCUCUGAUCUGGUACUGGGAGGAAUGGUGUAGGUAUUGGGUUUGCCCUGGAAAAGAAUAAUAGUCAGAUCUGGAAUAGGGUGAGAUGCUACAGACAGGUCUCGGUUAUAGCCAGGAAGCAGAACGUGUCUCAGACCUGGUAUAGGUUUUAAAGAAAAUUGAUUUAAUGUUCUGUCAAGUUUAAUGCUAAUUGUUCUUUAGAUCUUGGCCAAGCUUAGAGAGAACCAUAAUAGGAUAUUUUAUUUAUUUUUCUAUCCUAGUUAGCUCUUUGCUGAUUGCUGAAUCCUGAAUUUAGUUUCUAUAGCAUUAUUAGUCACUGUAACAGAUAAAUCAAGUCUUUCUAUGUGACAUACUGUUUGCAGCUGUAAGUGAUGAGAGUAAAUUUUCAUGUAGCUUGUUAUCCCCCCACACCCAAGAACUACAAUUUUUUAUGAGAAAAAAAGUUGAGCGCUAACUCUGUUGCCUAUUUUAGAGUAGCGGUUAAUUGCAAUUCUUUGAGAAUUACGUCCAGUAAUGCACUAUUCUUCAGUUUCCAUUCUGUGUAAGAUCUGAUGUCCUAUAAAUGUUAAAAUAUAUUUAUACAAUCCCAGCCUUUGCUUCAUAUGUAGUUGGGGAAUAUAUAAUAAGAAUCAAAUUCUCAGAAUUCUGCAGUGGAGAGAGGACUUAGUGAGGUUAAUUUAUUAAACUGGGAGUCCGGGAGCAAUGACUGGGGAAUUGCAUAAUUAUCCCAAACUGAGUUGUAGAAACUUUCAACCCCGGUGAAGGUUUGAGGAUUUGUUAUUUUCGGAGCUGCGACCAUUCCUUCUGAAAUCCCUAGCCGAAUUUUGGACAUGGCUUUACCAUCUUACAAUAAGUCAACCUCAUUAGUCUGACAUUUUUGCCGGGAGUCAUUCCGCUCUCCAUUAAUCUCUAAUCUUAUAUUCUGUUUAAGAUCUCCGCCGCGUAGUGUUCGAGUGAAAUCCCGAGAUGUUCAACAGUGAUGGCUACCGCAAAUGCUUUUUGAAUAAAAUUUACAAUCAUGCUUCCUGAGCAUAAUGGAAGAUGUCACUCAAAACAUCUGGGGUAUCAUGGGUCGUCAUCAAAGCUUUUGAAGAGUAGCUUUCCAGGUGACCUCGUGAGGCAUACUCUUCUCCCCUUGUAUUACCUUUGCCGCUAGCAGCAUCUCAUAUUUUAAAUGAGUGCUAAUGAGCAUGCAUGCUGCUUCCAAGAACUCCCUAAUGAUCGGGGAUUGUUCUUCAGCAUUGUACGUCAAAUGCAGUUUGUGUUCCCUACUGGUCACUGACAUUUACACAAAAGACCAUAAGGUCUGAUCGUAGCCGUGGCCUGGAUUCUUCAAAGGGAGUGUAGUGGUAAAUUUUAAUUACAGCCGGGAAAUAUUCAUACAAAGUGUUAUCGGCAUUUAUUGAAUAGGGGCUACAUUUGCUUGCAGAUCAGUUUGUCUCAUUUCAAAUCUAGGACUUCAAGUUUAAUCUAAAACGUUACGGAGUCUGUGAUAACAUGGCUUGUAAAGUGCUCUGUGUACAUAAUUAUAGCUGAUCUAACUGGCUACAGCUAUCACUACAAGUCGUGCAAACAUUAACAGACAUCAUUACAAUGUAUUUUACAGUGUGUGUCUGUCUGCCUGCCUGCCAUGAUGGAUUUAAUUUAAAUCAUGGUUUAAAAUUAAGAUUCUAUUUUAAAUUCUGAUUUUUAAACCUAAAGACUCAUUGUUGCUGGUCGUUAGUAUCUUUAAUAUUUGCGACCUGAUGUAGAUUUUGUAUUUUAGAACAAUAAUUUUUUUUAGUUUAACAGUUUCUAUCAGAUCUGCCUACCCUUCUACUUCUAUGUCCCAUGAAGAUGGGGAUGACGGGACAAUACCCCAAAAUCGGAAGGACUGGAGGGAGCAGAGGGGGGUGAGGGGGAACUAAUUUUAUUUAUUUUUUAUUUUUAUUUUUUUUAUAUACUAUUAGAAAAAUAUAGGUAAUGAUGAAAUUAUUGCAAGGUGAACUAUAUCCAAUGUAAUAAGUUAGUCACUCAUAUUUAGAGAACAACUUAAAUGGUGUUCGUUGUGUUUGUAUAGGUUGAAGAAUAACGGUGAGGUCUUUUUCUGAUCUUUGUUUUUAUAAUAUUAUUGCCGUGAAAAAGUGCUUAUGUUAUCUCUGCAGACACUAUUUCAAUUAGCUUGGAUUACUGGAAUUCAUUAACAAAAAAAACCCUAAAUAUUGCAUGAAUAUAUAAAGCCUUAUUCUACGUAACACGGUAUCUUAACUAGAAAAACUAUCUUUUUUUAUUUUGUUUUUUUUUCUCUUGUCCCCUAAAUGUGUCAUCUUUGUAAAGACUCAGUUGGGGCUGAAAAAUUGAUAACUGUAUACUCCUAUAUUUGAAUACAUUUCAAGAAGACAAAGGCUUACAGUGUGCCCCUUUUCAUAUAAAUACCUGCCUGGACUGGACACUAUAUAUAUAUAUAUAUAUAUAUAUAUAUAUAUAUAUAUAUAUCUACUGGCAAGGCCUUAAAGGAACAUUAUAGUAUCAGGGACACACACACAUGUAUUUCUGACACUAUAGUGGUAAGAUAACUAUUUAGCUUCCCAGCCUCCUCACCUUGCAAUUAAAAAGUUAUUUUACGCACCUUUUUCCCCCCACACUGUGCCAGUCUUGCUGCGGCUGGCCCUGCCUCACUCCCCAUCUGUGGCUGAGAUCAUCAAUCUUGAUGAUCUCAGCCAAUCCAAUACUUUUCCAUAGCAAAUCAUUAGAAAGCUUGCUCGGCAAAACAGCCAAUCGGCAACUCCUCAUAGAGAUGCGUUGAAUCAAUGAGGAAUGUUCUGCAUCAUUGCUGCACAGACUAGGAAGCACCUCUAGUGGCCAUCUCAUUGACUGCCAAUAGAGGGGCUGCUACUAGGCAGUAAUGUAAACACUGAAUUUUCUGUGAAAAUCCUGCAGAGACAGACUAUAGACACCAGAACAACUACAUUAAGCUAUAUAUGUUCUGGUGACUAUAGUGUCCCUUUAAGCCUUGCAGACAGGCUCCAUUAUUCAAACUUUAUCCUGGAUUUAAGUAGCAUUGUUUUAAAGUCCAGUUUUUAAACCAAAGCAGGAGUUGUUUGCCAAAAAGGGCCAGAACAAACCAUAAUGACUGUCUGGGCUCACGUCUGUGUUGAGCUGGGGAUUGUGGGUUUGUUUUAGAAACCAGAUUUCUAAGAAUUACUGUGUUCAAGGUGCACUAUACCCAAAGCCCUAAUCCUUGAAAUACCUAGAUCAGGGAUUUAAAACUCUCCCCCCGAUGCGAAUGCCCUACAACUUGCAGAAUUCUUUAAGUGCAAUAAAUGGCCAGAGAAUCAUGGGUGUUGUAGUUUAACAACAUCUGGGAGGCUGGAGUAUGUGAUAGCUGAUGUGGAUAAUUCAAAACCAUACAUUUUAAGUUAGUGUGUUUAUUCAAUAAUUGAGAAAUUGCUAAUUUUAAGCUUAUCUUAUUAAAGCUAAGAAAAAAAAUAGACUUAUUCUGCUUUUUCCCAAUCUUGGCUACUUUGGCAAAUGUGUUUCAAUUCCCUUUUACUUGUUUAGUGAAUAAACCCAGCAGUCUCUCUUAUUAUUAUUUGCAGCUGACUGUCAAGACCCCAGGCUCCCCGCUGUGCUACUAUCUCACCCGAAUAAUUGGCUUUUCCAUUUUAUGUUAACACCACGCACUUUUCACCUGCCCCCAGGGCCCAUUCUGUGAAUCCGUCAGCCAAGUGUCUGGUCACAUGAUGCCUCUUUACUUUCAAUGUCAUUAAUUUGCAAGGUUUUUAUCCCUAUGUCUGUUAGAGCCGUGUAGAGACCUAUAUGUGUUUUAGCAGCCAUUUCCUGAAGCACUCUAUAUGUAAAAUGGUUUCUACUCUGCACCAAUGAAAUUUCCAGAAGUGGCCAUUAUCAGAGCACAGUUAUGGCGCCUGCAUCUCUAAACCAGGAGAAGCUCAUCCUAUAAUAUCCAGAGUGUAGGAAUCUUAGAGCCCUCCAAAGCAGCCUGACACUGAUUCACAUGGAUGGCUAAGCAAUUAUUACGAUUAUUGAUAUAGCGGCAACGUAUUCCAUAGCGUUGUACAAUAGAAAACCAGGCAAACUUUUAAAGGGACACUUUAGUCACCAGAACCAUUACAGCUUAAUGUAGUUGUUUUGGUGUGUGAGCCUGUCCCUGCAGUAUUAGAACUGUAAACACUGCUUUUUUAGAGAAAAGGUAGUGUUUGCAUUGCUGCCUAUUAACACCUCUAGGUGCAGUCGCUCAGACGGCCAAUAGAGGUGCUUUCUGUGUCAGCGCUGCACAAUGUGAAGCACCUACUUUCAGUGUCUCCACACUCUACCAGGAGACGCUUAAUGCUCCCUAUAGAGAUGCAUUGAUUCAAUGCAUCUCUAUGAGGAGAUGCUGAUUGGCAUAGCUCAGCAUUAUGGCCCGCACAUUGAUGGUCUUGGCUAUGGAGGCGGAGCUAGGCUGGAGAGACCGCUGCGGCAUGGGAUAAAAGGGAAGUUUAAUAUCGUUUCAGAGCGAUCUGAUGGGGGCAGGAGAGCUGAACAGCUUAACACUAUAGUGCUCCUUGAAUUCUAACACGUAUGACAUAUGGGAACAGAAGGUGAAGAGCUCCCUGUCUGAAUGAGCUUACAAUCUAAAGACAUAAAAUAUAAAAUGCUACCAGAACACUGAGCACCACCAUGUGCGGAAUCGAGGUUUAUAAAUUGCAGGGUUAUUCUAGGGAACAAUGUAAGCAAUGUUUUAUACAUUUAAGUCUGUAUUUGAAUACACCUGCAAAAAUUAUUAAAUUGUGGGACAUUUUUCUACUGUUCCGGUUUGGUUACUAGAUCCUAAUCUGGAGGAAAUGCCACAAAGUAUUAUACAUGAAAACUUCACCGCCAGGCUUCCUGGAAAAUAAUCUGGGUGGGGGGCGGAGCCUGGCAGCCAUCCUGUACAGACGCCAUCUAAACUUGCUCUCUCAAAACCAGGAACAAUCGUCGAAUAUCCCCUAAACCAAGCUCCAUCAAGCCGCGAAAAGCAACCAGUGCCGAUCAGUGAUACAUACUGCAUCGAUUGAUGCCUUUUUUCCGGGCACCCAAGCGGCAAAGGCGCAAAUCUGCGGCCUACCGCGCAACGCCAAUCCAGGGCCUGGAGGCCUACCUUGACUGAAGUCUACUCGUGCACCAAGCAUCCAAUCUGAACUCUGGCACCACAGAUAUGGGCCGUCACUCACACAAACCCACGGAAGGCGCAAACACACAAGACAGAGAUAUAGGGGAGAUGUGACUUCGACCGGUGCAAGCCGAAACUGCACGCACCACGCAUCGCCCCCACCGGACAAACAUCCGAGCCUGACCACGAGGAGCCGACUACGAAAAUGACUCCCCCGGCGGAACACCCGCAGUUGCCCGACACCCAGGAUGACUAAGCCCCCACGACUAAAGGGGACCUAAAAACACUCUGGACCAACAUACAAAAGCUGCUGGCGGCCGAUGUCGCCAUGGUCAAAAAAAACAUACAAUCAGUCACCGAAAGAGUGGGAACGAUAGAGGCAGACAUUACCACCAUGCAUGACACAGUGUCCACCCUUAAGGAAUCGAUCCAAUGCCUACAGGCAGAGCAGCAUGUACUAGCCGGCCAAAUUAUGUCACUGGAGGACAAACAACGCUGGAAACAUAUCAAAAUCCGGGGCAUCUCAGCCGCAGUCACGACCGAGGAACUGCCGCAUUACAUAAGGCGGCUGCUUACAACACUGUUACCACAGACAGUCACCAAAAAAUAACCCCGGACGGGAUCUACCGAGUGACAAGCUCUACACGCUUACCACCCAGCACACCCAGGGAUGUUAUCCUGCGUCUGGCGACAAUAUCAGACAAGAUACAGAUAAUGACUGCCAUAAAAGUCAAAACACCAAUGGCCUUUGAGGGCGCUCAGCUCUCCUUCUUCCAGGAUGUCACAAAAGCCACACUGCUGAGACGAAAAACAUUCGAACCUGUGACAACAGCACUGCACAAAGCUGGCAUGGCUUACAGGUGGGGGAACACGGGCGCACUACUCGUCCAUCACAACGGGACCGCACACCAUCUCACAUCCCCAACCGGAGCGCCCAUCUUCAUGAGGGCACUGGGACUACAACCCCCACAACACACCUCCGUAACCGCGAGCCAACCGGAGAGCUGGGAACCGGAAGACCGCUACACCCAGGGACAGUCAACGGAUGAGCCAGCGGCACCUACCACCUGACCCCGCAUAGGGACUGCCAAAAUGAGGACCUGGUCCUCGUGAGAGAAGGGGUAAUCCCCCUGACCACACACUCCCGUGACUAUUUUCCCAUAUGAAUGGCACCACUGCAACUCCCCGGUUUCAUGUUGAACCGUAUGCGAGCCUCGAUGCUCCCACGCUUAAAUUUUUUCCUUGCUUAAUUUUUCUUUGACAUGUUUGUUUGUUUAUUCUGUUGCACUCUUUUGUACAUACAGUAUUGAGUUACCCACAUCUACGCGACAGCCACACACGAUAGAGAGGUAACAGGCGCUUACCGUAGAUUAAUGCCACUCCACCCACCCCCGUCAUCCCCAGGAUUAAAGGGGACAAACCAGAUGCCGCACAGGGUACAUCGCACACCGGAGCACUUUACACACUUGCCAAACUCACCUAAUGGAAAUCCACAAAGUUCCACUAGCGAGUACACACAGGCAUCCAGAACCACAUACCUGUACUAGCCUGAAUCACAAAUUUACCACCGCACACCUGGAGUAUCCCAGUGGAGUAUAACACACCCUAACAGACCAGCCACAACACUACCAACCCCGGACAUGUCACUAAACCUAUAUGCUAAAUAAAAAUGUGCUUAAAAUCUGAAAUAUGUAUGUUAAAGCUAACACAUGGAUCUGCUUAAACCCAAACUACAACAAUGUCUCGAAAUGUUUUUUUUUGUCAACAUGUUAUACCGAGCACAAAUAAAUUAAGAAUUUAAAAAAAAUAAAAUAAAUAAUAAUCUGGGUUAGGCUGUUGUAUGAAUGGUGUGGGAGAGGGUUUAGAUAAUUAACACAAUAUUCCUAGGACUUAUUUACAGUGCUAAAUGCUAAAGGUAUGCCUGAACCAUACUUCAUUCAAGCUCAGAAAUAGUUAAAGAUGACUAACUUUAGCCUCUUACCAGUAUUGUCGGUCUUUUUCAGGGAUGGAUGAAUGAAAUCCAAACAUACGACCCAGAGACUUACCAUGCCACCUUGACCCAAUCUGUAUUUGUUCGUCUGGAGGGAUCUACAUUACGUCUUUCAAAACCCAACAAAAACGUCUCUCGUAGAACCAUUUUCAAUGAACCAAAAUCAGAUGUCGUCUACAUCAGUCAGAGAAUUUAUGAUCUUGUCGACAGCAAAGUGAGUACGCGCUUCACUGUGAAAUUUCAACAAUUCACACUAGUUCGCUCAUUAGUGAAUAACCAGAUUUAAGACCUACUGUUCUUACAGGUAUUUUGAUGGUGAAUCCAUUAUUAAGUCCCGUGUCUCUAGCACCAUAAGACUUUAUUUAAAUAUGCCAUUUGUUUUUACAGGUUUAUCUUGUCCCAAAAAGUUUGGCACGCAAGCGGGUAUGGAAUAAGAAGUACCCAAUCUGCCUGGAGCUGGCGCGGCAGGAUGACUUUAUGGCCAAGGUACAGGCCGAUAAAGAUGCCACAGAAGACAAGUCUCUUGUCGAGCGGACUGAGCAACAUGUUGAAGAGAACAGAAAGUGUCCGGAUGGAAGUAAAGCCACAGGCCACCGAGAACAAGUGCUUUAUUUAUUUGGAAGGACUGGAAGGGAGAAGGAAGAGUGGUUUCGGAAAUUCCUUCUAGCUUCCAAAAUGAAAUCUGACUUAAAGAAACCAAGUGUCACAUCAAACGUGAAAUCAGGUAUUUCUUCCGGUACCAGAUCAUCUACAACGAUGGCAUGUGCUAAUCUGAGCCAAGUUUGCUAAUCUGGGCAGCCCAGCAUAGCAUUGUGAACUGGCAAUGCCCAGCACUCUGCAUUGGAACAUGUAGAUUAGAAGGCAGCACCCAGCUUCCAACAGUGGUUACUCUGGAUCAGUGAGUAGUAAUGGGUAUUGCCAGGCUUACCAAAGUGGGUCAAUCUACACCUGUUGUAGAACUACAGCUCCUAAGAUUCUAUUCCAUCCAUCAUGGAGAAGCGGUAGUACUACAACACAUGGUGAUCUGGAUUUUGGCCAGGAAGUGCCAUGGUUGAGUAGCGUGCUACUCCGAUUUCAGUUAGUUGUAAGAACUUUAUAACUAAACUAAAGUUAUUUGUAAAACUUAGGGGGUGCCAUUUUUUUUUUAUUUUUUUUUUUAAUCUGAGUUACAUUGUCUUAUUAGCAUUUUAUCUAACGGAAUAUACAAGCACAGUUUAAAACAGGUUUUCCAUUUUGCCUUUUGAUUCCAGGGCUCUUGUUGACGCACAGCAGACAGGGAAGCCAGUCUGGGAUCUUGAGCCACAGCCGAAGCAGCAGUAAGGGCAGCCUUGAUGAAAUGAUAGUGCAGCCCAGGCCGAAGGAACUCUCUGGGAACUUAAGACAAAAAAUGCUGCUGGAUUAUAAUGUUUACAUGGCGAAGUGUGUCCCACAGGAGGAUAAAAGUCCCACUGAAAGCCCAAUAAACAGUGCCAACAGCAGCCCAACUGCUACAAAGAAGGUGAGGUAGAGUUUGUUUGGGUUACGUUAGAAUUUGGUAAUCACACAGUAACUCGUGUAGGUGUGAUUUAUAGGCCCCCAGGACAAAUAGAAGAGUUAGAUGAUCUACUUAUUGAGGAAAUGGCCAAAAUGACAAUAAAGGGGGAAAUUAUCAUUAUGGGUGACUUUAAUCUUCCUGAUGUGAAUUGGAAAACCAAAAUAGCUGCUUGUGCCAAGAGCACACAUAUUCUAAACUCCCUACUGGAAUUGUUUCUAAAACAAGUCGUUGAGGAGCCAACUCGUAAAGAGGCCAUACUAGAUUUAGUGUUAACAAAUGGAGAUUUGGUAUCAGAUAUUACUGUAGGUGAAAGUUUAGGAUCUAGUGAUCAUCAGUCAGUGUAGUUUAAUAUAAGAACAGUGACUGAGUCACACCACACAAAAACAAGUUUUAGACUUUAGAAAAACAGACUUUUCUGAAAUUAGAAUGUGUAAAGGAGUCAUUAUCAGACUGGAGCAAUUUAAAUGGAGUCCAAGAGAAAUGGGCUUAUUUAAAAGUUGCACUGCUGAAGGCAACAGAAAAAUGCAUUAGGCUUGUCAGUAAAAGAAAAAUAUUCAAGACUCCACUGUGAUACUCCGCAGAUUUGGCCAAAAUAGUAAAAAACAUAAAAGUUAGCAUAAAAAACCCAGAGUGAGGAAGACAGACAGAUCUAUAAGAUUAGGCAGAAAGAGGCUAAGCAAAUUAUGAGAGCUUCCAAGUCACACACAGAAAAGAAAAUUGCCCAGUCAGUAAAAAAAGGGGACAAAACAUUUUUUAGAUACAUAAAUGAGAAAAGGAAAGUAAAACAAGGAUUUGUUAAGAUUACAAACAAAAGAAGGAAGCUAUGUAAAAGAGGAUAAAGGUCUAGCUGACUGCUUCAAUUAAUACUUUAUUCAGUAUUUACAGAUGCAAAUGAAGAAAAGGGGCCUCAGUUAAGAAAAAGGACAAAUUAGACAUUUGUUACAUGUGAGUUUACAGAGGAAGAGGUUAUAUUUCAACUGUCAAAAGUAAAGACAAAUAGGUCAAUGGGACCUGAUGGAAUACACCCAAAUUUAUUUUAAAAAAAAGCUUAGUGAUGUACUAGCAAAACCAUUAACAGAUUUAUUUAACCAAUAAUUGUUAACCGGAGUAGUCCCAGAAGAUUGGAAGUCAACGAAUGUUGUGCCCAUCCACAAGAAAGGUUGUAGGGAGGAGUCGGGCAACUAUAGGCCAGUAAGCCUUACUUCAGUAGUGGGGAAAGUAUUGGAAACCAUGUUAAAGGAUAGGAUUGAUGAACAUCUAAAACCACAUGGAUUUCAAGAUCAGAGACAACAUGGGUUUACUUCAGGGAGAUCAUGCCAAACUAAUCUUAUUGAUUUUUUUUUGAUUGGGUAACUAAAAUAAUAGAUCAGGGUGGUGCAGUAGACAUUGCUUACCUAGAUUUCAGUAAGGAGUUUGACACUGUUGCACAUAGAAGGCUUAUCAAUAAACUGCAAUCUUUAAGUAUGGAUUCCAAUAUUGUUGAAUGGGUAAGGCAGUGGCUGAGUGACAGGCAACAGAGGGUUGUAGUCAAUGGAGUAUAUUCGAAGCUUGGGCUUGUCAACAGUCGGGUACCUCAGGGAUCUGUACUUGGACCCAUUAUCUUUAAUAUUUUUAUUAGUGAUAUUGCAGAAGAUUUUGAUCGUAAGGUAUGUCUUUUUGCUGAUGGUACUAAGAUAUGUAACAGGGUUGAUUUUCCAGGAGGGAAAAGACAAAUGGCAAAUGAUUUAGGUAAACUAGAAAAAUGGUCAGAGCUGUGGCAGCUGACACUUAAUGUGGAUAAGUGCAAGAUAAUGCAUUUUGGAUGUAAAAACCCAAGGGCAGAGUACAGAAUAUUUGAUAGUCCUAACCUCAACAUCUGAGAAAAUGGAUUUAGGGGUAAUUAUUUCUGAUGACUUAAAGGUAGGCAGACAAUGUAAUAGAGCAGCAGGAAAUGCUAGCAGAAUGCUAGGUUGUAUAGGGAGAGGUAGUAGCAGUAGAAAGAGGGAAGUGCUCAUGCCAUUAUACAGAACACUGGUGAGACCUCACUUGGAGUAUUGUAUGCAGUACUGGAUAUUGUAUCUCCUGAAGGAUAUUGAUACCUUAGAGAGAGUUCAGAGAAGGGCUACUAAACUGGUUCAUGGAUUGCGGGAUAAAACUUACCAGGAAAGGUUAAAGGAUCUUAACAUGUAUAGCUUGGAGGAAAGACGAGACAGGGGGGAUAUGAUAGAAACAUUUAAAUAUAUAAAGGGAAUCAACACAGUAAAGGAGGAGACUAUAUUUAAAAGAAGAAAAACUACCACAACAAGAGGACAUAGUCUUAAAUUAGAGGACAAAGGUUUAAAAAUAAUAUCAGGAAGUAUUACUUUACUGAGAGGGUAGUGGAUGCAUGGAAUAGCCUUCCAGCUGAAGUGGUAGAGGUUAACACAGUGAGGGAGUUUAAGCAUGCGUGGGAUAGGCAUAGACUAUCCUAGCUAUAAGAUAAGGCCAGGGACUAAUGAAAGUAUUUAGAAAAUUGGGCAGACUAGAUGGGCGAAAUGGUUCUUAUCUGUCGUCACAUUCUAGGUAGUGUUUGGGAACUCUGCAGUGCCUGCUUGCAACCUGUGGACCAUAUUAGUCUGUGUGCAUGUGCCCUGUGACAUAACACGCAAUGUUAGCCUUUGUGUGUUCAUAUGUACACUGGCAUUUAACAUGGCAAUCUGUGUGUGUGCACCUAUGUAGCCUUUAACAUAAUGCAGCAUUCUCUGUGUGCAUGCAUCUGACCUAACACAGCAAUGUCUGUGUGAGUGCAUGUGUACAAUGUGAACGAACACCGCAAUGUCUGCAUGCAAAUUUGUGUACUCUGAGCGAACACCAAGCUGUCUGUGUAUAUAGAUUCCUGGAGCACCUUCGGCGGAGGAAUACGAGGAGCAGGCUUGGGUCAAUGCUCUACUGGGAAGAAUAUUUUGGGACUUUCUGGGAGAAAAAUAUUGGUCUGAUCUGGUCUCUAAAAAAAUCCAAAUGAAACUCAGUAAAAUCAAGGUACGAGCAAUGUUAGUCUUUAAAUUCUAGAAUCCUGAAAUUACAUGAAAUUCUGUGUCGCUUAGUUACCAGCUGUCAUAUUAUUUUUAAAGAAAAACUUCAGAGUACAAAUGAUCCUUUUUAUGCAUUAUAGAGAUACUGUGCUCAGAAUGAAUACAUAGACCUACUUUUAAAGCUUCCAUCUGUGCACUAUGUAGGGGGUCUAGCUGCAGCAGUAGGCAGACCCCUUCUACACCAGUAAGAAAGUCCCCAAAACUCCUGCUCACGGUUAACCGAAUUCUAGAAAUAUUUUGGCAGUGUUGUCGUUUGCAGCUCAGCUCUCUCGGAAGCUAAGAGCUCAGCCCAAACUUUGUUUUCGGUAUGGUGAUGCCGCACGUAAAACUUGGAUAAAUGUGAUGCAGGAGUUGGAGUUAAAUCCUGGCAGGAAACUUGGGUAAAAAAUGGUUAGAAAAGUUCCGCUUUAUCGGAGGCUGCUUGCUGGUUUUGCUUCACAAUUUUAAUGACUGCAGUAAAAGCUAGAUUAAUAUUUACAUGUUUGUGUGCUGCAACUUUAAUUGAGGAAAGUAAACCUUGCAGUCUUGGUAUAUGUAGUAAGAGUCAGCAGUUAAAUCGUUUCCUGAGAUAAGUGCAAAAAACUUAAGGGGACACUUGUUUCAUUGGAGUCCUCUGUCCCUCCAUUCAGUGUUUAAACCAUUUUCGAAAAAUUUAACACUAAGUAAAUGAGGGUGCCCCACACACAGCUUCCUUUUAGCAAUACCAAUUCAUACCUGUAGUGGGCGCUGUGAUACGCUGAAAUAGCUUAUAAAAGAUUAGAUUUAAAAUAUUAAAAACCAUGUAAUACUGAAUGGAAAGCCACAACAGGGAUUCCAUACACUAAAACCACUUUAAUGAAAUAUGAGAGCAUCUCUUUAAUAUUCCCGUGAAACUAGCACCUUCUUUUCCACCAUCGAGCUAGCACUGCAGAACAUGUGUAUGAUUGUUGUUCCAAACUUUGACUAGAGUUAGAAGGUGGCAGUAUUGUAGUUUCUCAAUAAGACAGAAGGAAGCCUGCUACAACUAAUACGACUGUUAUUGCACCAUUACCUUCUAGCUGCCAUACUUUAUGAAUGAGCUGACUCUAACGGAGCUGGACAUGGGUGUGGCUGUGCCGAAAAUCCUUCGGGCUUACCAGCCGUUCAUUGAUCAUAGAGGUAAUUUCCACUUGACCCUGUUUUUUUUUAUUUUCUCUGUCUCCUAUUUAGUUUGCACCAGAGUUGGCAAUGCUGCAUUAAAGUGUAAAGUGAGAUAUUUGUGCACUUUUAGUGCAAAUUUUGGGCAGGUGCACCAAAAGCAUGGAGGGAUGUUGCUCCAAACAUGCCAGAAAUGUCUCAUACCUGCCUUCCAUGUAGUUCUUACCCCAGUAAUCACUUCAGUAGCAUUUACUGAAGGACUGAGGACAAGUGAAAGUUCCUUGACAUUUCAAAAUUAUUUGAACAAGAACCCAAGUUGAUAUGCUGCGGGUUUUAUUUCAGUUUGUGAUCCUUGCCACAAGAAUUACUAGUCAUCUAUGAAGAACGAAGUUUGAUUCACUGAUGAAGAUGAGGUGAAGACUAAACUCUUCUCCGAUCUCAACUGGAUCUAAACUCUCAACGCUAUAUUAUCCUCUAUCGAGAAACGUUCAGGAGCUCAACUGGAUUUUAGUCCUCUUCCCUCUGCCAAGCCAUCUUAAAGUCUAUGGUUUGGUUGGGCAGAGGAUUGUUCCUUAGCACCAAGCCAUUUUUUCCAAAAUCUGUAGAAUAAACUGCUAAGAAAGAAUCUAGAAGCAAAAAUGUACACACCCCUGAUGGGUAAUCAAGUAUUCUUCUGUUAACCAGCAAAACAUCCUCAUUGUGUCCUAAUCAGAGUGAUCUACACUGUGCUAAACAGACGAUUCCAAGCAAACCUGCUCAAGACUCUGUUUCCACCCUGUCCCAAACAUGACCGUGAUACGAAUUGCACUCAGAGUUAUCAACCAAUUUCUGUAAUAAGUUUUGGCACAAUUAAAUACUAUAGACUGGGUUUCAAGCAGGUCUGCAGAAGAUGAUGAGUAACCUUAUAUUUAAUAAUAGAAUAAACUUGCCGGGGAAGGCAAUUUAAAAGAACUGUGUGGGGCUUUUUAGAGAAUGCAGUAAACUCCUUCUCUGGACCUAUAAUUCCUUCUAAAAGUAAUGCAUAAUAUAUUUCUUUAGAUUCUUUGCAGCACUUGUUUAUUCUUACAGUACGGGAUACAAGACUCUAUUAACCGGUUAUUGCAAGUUUUGUAGAACCCUUGGAUACAAAUUCUAUUGUAAACAUAUCUGCAAUCAAGGAUCUUUGUGCAAGAUUAGACAAAUUUUAUAAAAUCGCAAUUCCCACAAUUUCACAGCACCAGGUUGGUUAUAUCUUCUUGGACACGCGUCCUUUCUUGACGCUGUAGAGUGGUGUUUGAAAUAUUUUGUCCUAUAGUAAACAUAAUGCAUAUGGUGCAACUGGGGAUCCAGAAGAAGGCAGUGUCUUCACAUUUGUUUAUUGGUUUCUUUUCUACACUUUUCAUGCAAUGCCAACCAGUAAGUAGAAAGUAUGCCUGACCUGGCAGCCUUACACAAGAUAUACACGGCCAAGUCAACGUUAGAUCACAAUAACUCUCUCUCUCUCUCUCGCGCUAUUUUUCUAUUUUCCUUUUCCUUAAAUGAGGAAGAUAUAUACUCUUGAGAAUCUCUAAAGUAACCAACAGGGAUAAUCCUUGUAGUUGCUUAUUUAUUGUGGGAAAACAGAAUAAAAAUACACCAAGCAGUAAACCAAUGACGUACAAGGAAGAUAAAUCCUUGCUUUGCCUGUAUUUAUUUGGAUUUAUCUUCCUUGUAAAUUAUUUUGCCAAAUUAUUUUACCUGUCCCUCAUGUCCCUUUUUAGGUGUGUGUGUGUAUAUAUAUAUAUAUAUGUAUGUAUGUGUAUAUAUGUGUGUGUGUGUGUGUGUGUGUGUGUAUAUAUAUAAUAUAUAUAUAUAUAUAUAUAUAUAUAGGAUCAGUUACCAUAUUUUGUUAAUGGACUAAUGUCUAUUUAUUUGCUCGAUCUUUCUCCAGGUCUGUGGGCAGAUCUGGAAAUUUCUUACAACGGAUCAUUCUUGAUGACCCUGGAGACCAAAAUGAAUUUGACUAAGCUUGGUAAGGAGCCUCUGGGAGAAGCUUUGAAAGUUGGUGAGAUUGGCAAAGAAGGGUAAGUGACGCUACAAAUUGGCUGUGUAGAUGUUAACUUAAAAAAUAAUGUGGUUUUGGAGAUAUUUGUGCAAAAAAGAAUAGCUAUAAUUUUACUUUGAGGGCCCUGGUGCCGUCAUCUCACUGAAAGGGUGUAGGUUUUAAUAUAUUCUCCUUCGCAGUUAACAUAAUUACAUCACUUAGCCAUUGUGAGUAGAUUUCUGAUUUAAAUAUCCCCAUUAUAGACGUUUUGGCUGCGCACAGAGGAUCCUAGGAUGUAAAACUGUCUGCAGUGAUCGCAUUUAACCCCUUAAGGGCCAAAUUUCUGGAAUAAAAGGGAAUCAUGACAUGUCACACAUGUCAUGUGUCCUUAAGGGGUUAAAGAAACGCUCCAAAGUAAAAUAAAUAAUUAAGUUGUUACUCUGUAAAUAGAAUCCCUGUGAAUACAUACAUGCCAUUAUUUAUAUAUGUAUCAUUGGGGGGAGCAUACAAAAAAGCCUGCAGAAGCCUUUUCCCCCAGAAGCCUGAGACCAGGAGCAUGGGCACGGAGGGCCCAGUUUGAGGUCUGUCGAGGAGGUGAAGGAUGCUGGUCUGAGGUCUGUUAGCAGCAAUUUUAGGAGCACGCCCCCCACUUCCGUUAGCACAACCUCCCUGACUGUCUGAUUCCACUGAAAAAAGUGCUGAUUUCUCAAAGCUAUUGACACAUCUAUAAACUAACUUUUUAAAACUGAUAUUGCACAGAGCCGAAGCAAGCUGAAGUGCUUUCUGUUUGUGGGCUGGUCCUUUAUAUCUUUCUCUGCCAGUAAAAUACCAAAAAUAUGGAAAGAGACAUUUAAAAAAGGUGUUUGAUGUAACUUGGUUAACUAAUUUGUGUUUACAUUUCCCACACUUUGCUCGCACUGAUGGAUUUUAAAUGGUGAGUUUAUAUGCAGCCCAUUAUUAAACUGCUUUUAGAUGUGUGUUGUUUUUUUUUUUUUGGUUGGUUGUUUUUCUCUUGGUGUGUAUACUUGAUAUUUCAGAAGUCCAUUUAGUAAUUAAAUGUAAAGAGCUGUGGCAGUACCUCUCUUCAUUUACCUUCUGCGAUGGAUUGCAGAUCUGUAGAUAAAACGGAUUAUUCAGUAAUUAGCCUCGUUGACACUAAUGUCAAAUAGAAAUUAAAUAGCACAACAUGAAUUGCAAUUUUACAAUUCUUUCUGAUGUCCUUUGUUUAAUGUGGAGACUUGCUAUUCAGAUAAAUCUAAUUGGAAUUUGGGAUGGGGCGCUACUGACUGGCUUAGGGUGUCAGCUGACCCCUCUAAGCCAAUCAAAAGCAUUUCUUCCUGAGCCUUCCUUUACCUAGGAUUUCAGAAAUUGAAAGGACAGGAAGCAGAGUUGACCAGCGCUGGACCAGAGACUUUAGGGUUAAACUAUUUGCGAACAGUUUAACCCCUAAAGAUGAGCCAGUGGUAGGAACCUCCUGGCACCAUAACUACAUUUUGGUCAACUUGUUAUGGUUCCCAACUUUAAGUGAACUGAGAAUUGGGGGGUGGGAGGGAGAUUAAGAAGUGAGUAUCAAUAUUGUCAUAAAAUCUGAGCUAAUUAACUCUUUGCCUAUAGUUGCUGUAAAUACCUACAAGCCUCCCAAUUUACAAAUAAGUAUAAAUUAAAAUGUAAAUGGGUAGCACAAAACAUUGUAAGUAAUACAGGCUGACGCAUUUCGCCAGACCUGUACUUAUCAAGACCAUAUAAAUCAAGGCACCGAAAGUCAGUGUAUAUAGAGAAUCAAUGACUUGGCCUUUAGAGCAACAUACACGCGUUUAAUGGUGGAAGAUUUUUAUCUUGUUAGACAAAUCAAGCCCUUAAAACAAUAUACAAAUGUUUAAUAUCGAGAGAAAAAAAACAUUGUCUUAAUAAGAACCAAGUCAUAAAAAAUUAACAACCGUGAUAAGCAAACAAAGCUACAGAGUAUAUACGGUAAAGGCCUGCCUCUUUUGUUUCUUUUAUUAGAAAUGCUUGCAAGGUUGUUGUGAAUCCAUGUAUUAUAUUUACAUUCUCAUAAGAUCAGAGCUCAAAUUUGAACUGAAUAGCCAAAAUUUGCCAUUCCUAGUCGGUUCUCCACUAUUAUAUAAAAGUAAACACCACGUGUUGUUAUAAGACUGGGAGGUCUGUUCAUGUUGUUCAGAUGCAGAUAAUGAAUACUUGUUAUAAAUCUAGUUUAAUAUUAAAUUGUAACGCAAUGUUUUGCAUUACCGCUGCUUAGAUAACCAUCCCUUUAUCCUGCCUUCAGUGUCCGCAGCGGGAGAUCAUUGUGUUCCUUCUAAUGUGAAAACAUUAAAUUGCCAGACUGUGAUGUAAUCUCCCCGUGGCUCAUUCUCAGAGUUACGCACUUUGUAUUGUUUAUAAAAUACCCCGAUCUAUGCGACCUCUGGACUUAUCGCAGACUGUAAAGCAGCAGGAAAUCGCAUGUUUCUACUGCAUCGGGAUUCUCGAAUCAGUCCAUGAUUAACCAUUUACAACCUGUAGCUGGCAGAAUCUCCGUUUAACCCACAAGGGAUGCUUUACAGCCAGACAUAAGACUCUCCCACAAAAGCUCACAAUCUAACGUGUGUUAACUGCAGGCUCAGACUAACACCUGUUAUCCCCCAGCAAUGUGAAUUGGUGCAGAAACCACAUCAGUGAUUAAAAAGCCCAGUUUUCCAUUUCUCAUACAGAGCAGGUUGUUUUAUGAACAGGUUGGGCUGAAUAUAGCAUGUCUGUCCUAUGAUGCAAACACUUCUAACUAUGUCGAUGUAUGUUAUCUCUUAGAGCCAGGCCACGAGCGUAUUACCUAGCUGACAGUGACGAGGAGUCCUCUAGUGCCGGUUCAUCCGAUGAAGAUGAAGCCCCUGAUGCAUCGGGAGAUAAACAACAGAUUUCGGGAGCCGAGGGGUAAGCGUUCUACUCUUAACUUCAAGAACAUACUCUAUGUAUAUUGUGCACCAUACAACAUGACUGUUAGACCUCAGAAAUACCCUAGAUCUGGGUCACCACAUUAAACAUAAACUUACAGAUAGCGUUUACGUAGGGAACAAUUCCCGAUGAUUCGCUUACUGACAAAGAUGGUCUUCCUGUAAGGAAACUGUGAACCCAUUGUGUUUUUAUUUCUAAACAGGAAAUACCGAUGUUUAAAUAUGAAUUUGCUCGUUAGUCUUGGUUUAUAAUGAUCUUCUUAACUUUAAAGUGGACUGCUUAUGGCUGCUAACACACCAAUUUUAGAACAAAUCGCAAUUUUCGCAAAAAUUAAAAAGUUCAUUUGGGUUCUAUGUACACUACAGCUUAGAGCUAUUGUACAUCUGGAGGACAGCUUGUUUGCAAUACACGCACCUACCAUCUCUGACAGUGAAAUACGAUUCCUAGCUAAAUUACCUACCACAAAGUACACUAUAAAGCUUUGUUCCUGACUGCUUUUUUUGUGGAAAAAUGUAGUUCUUGUAUCACUGAGCACUUUAGUGGUUUACAAAUCUUUGUAAACCAUGUUUAUUCACAUUGCUUUUAUAAAUCACAAUAUGCAGCUUGCUCUUGAUUGCUUAGUUUGCAAAAGCAUAGAAGUCAUAUCUUCGUGGGCAGGUAACGGUGAUAUGUUGCCUUUAUUGAGCAAAAUCCAUGCGUUUUUCAUGCAAAAGUCAUAGACAGAUGUAUUGUUCACAUUAAAUGUCAUGAAUGUUCCACACAAAAUACACUGGUCAAGAGAAAAAAAAUUGAAAUUUGUAAAUUAGCUUUGAAUUUGGAUAACAAGCGAUAUUCUUGGUAUUGCUAACGAAAUUUAAAAAGCACUGAAAAUGCAAGGUUUAUGUGAUACGUUCUAAAUCUGGCUGAAUGCUCUCUUUAACCAUCAUACAACUCCAGUGUAUAUGCACGUGCAUAUUUACUAGUGGAAGAAAGUCUAGUCAGAAUGUGUGGGUUUCCAUGGCACCAUCGAGAGAUUAAUUCUUAUUAUCUUAACUUGAUGGAUUCUACUACUUUGAGCCUUGGAGGGGCUAUUACACAAACAUUGCAUUUGAUUAGUAUCAUGUUGUGUCAUAGACUACGCUAACAGUCUGUUUUUGUCACUUUUCUUAGAAGAACAUUUGUCAGUAGUGUCCAUUGGUGCUAUAUAAAUGGCAGAAGUACUAAAUUUCUUUCUUUCCAGGUUUGCGGGAGCUCAUCGGACCAGCAAGAUCAUGCGUUUUGUAGAUAAAAUCACCAAAUCAAAAUAUUUCCAGAAAGCCACAGAAACAGAGUUCAUAAAGAAAAAGAUUGAAGAGGUCUCGAACACCCCCUUGCUAUUAACUGUGGAAGUGCAGGAGUGCAAGGGAACAUUGACAAUUAACAUUCCACCACCACCUACUGACAGGAUAUGGUAAGGCAGCUGUACUUGGUACUGAGAAUUUCAGAUAGAUUGUACAAAGGACUUCUCGUACAUUCCAGAGUGUUAAAGUGAAUUAUAAUAUUAUUAUUUUUCUCCUUCUGAAGGUAUGGAUUCCGAGUGCCACCUCACUUGGAACUCAAAGCUCGUCCAAAACUUGGUGAAAGAGAAGUGACUCUGGCACAUGUCACAGAGUGGAUUGAGAAAAAACUGGAACAAGAAUUUAAGGUAAAUUGGCAAAUAUUAUUCCUUAAAGACUCCAGGCAUCAGUAUAUGAGUAUACGCUAGCCACCGCCAUAUUGGAACUGUAAGUCCUAUGAUACUUAGCUGGGGGUUCUCCUAUCUUUAUCAUACAUGAUAACCUGCAUAAUUUAAACACUGUUUUUUCAGAAGCCUAGAGUUUGUGCUUCAAAACCUCCUCAUGAAAACUAGGUGUCUUUAACGUUGAAUUUUCUCUUUCUCUUUUUUUUUUCUCCCCACUACAUAGAAAAUAUUUGUCAUGCCAAACAUGGAUGAUUUAUACGUCUCCAUAAUGCACUCUGCGAUGGACCCGCGUUCCGCUAAAGAAGCUGAGCCAGAAGCGACAGAAGCAUCAUGAAAACGCCGAAGCCGCUCACAGUAUUAUAUUUCAAAAGACAUUGUCCAGUCCCCAAUAUACCGUGCGUACACUUUCCUGGACCCACAGUCAGUGGUGUGGAGAGAAAUUAACUACGCCCAGCAGAGGCGCAACGGACGCACAUUUAAAUGCUGGCCGGAAUUUCAUGCCUCCUUCCCUUUCCAACAAAAAAAGUGAUCACUUCGAAUGAAGCACCAAAUUCUCAUCCUUUCACAACAGUCUCGAGUCCCCCAAGUUUGUGCUGGUCUGUGACCCACUCAACUUUAUUCCUCAUCGUCAUUAAGGAGAGAGCACCCAUGGGGUUAAAGUCAUCCUGCUUUAAACCAUUGCUAAUCAUUAUCUUGCUGUGUAAAAACGGAGAGAGGCUCUUUGUUCUGAACAAAGAGUUUUACGUGUUCGCUACAUUUUUCUUUCCCGGUGCAUUAAUAUGGUUGCCAUAUGGAAUCUGCGCCCGGAAAGCUAAUAAAGCUGCUGGGAAAAUAGUAAAGAAAGAAAAAAAAAUAUAUAAAAUGUAGAAAAAUGGUACAUAGAAAUAUAUCUGCACAAUGUAUACUAAGCCUUCUUAUUUUUUUACAUUUCCUUUUUUUGGGUUUUCUGGUUAUAAGGCUUAUGUUUUAUUUUUCUGUGUUUAAAAAAAAUAAAAAAAAAAAAUAUUUAAUUGUAAGUACACUUUCCCCUCUUGCCAUUGUAAAAUAUGUUUUAUAAAAUAGCCAGUACGCUGCCGAGAUGCUAACGCCACUUUAAAAUCUUGGUGAAUGUUUGGGUAUUGAGAUGUUUGUGUUUAAUAUAGUUUAGACCCACGGGGCAAGUGUGUGGAGCUCUGUAAUUUAAAAAAAAAAACAGAACAUCCUCAGAGACAAUCACUUUUUAAUCCCACCAUAAUAUUUAUCUGUAAAUCCAAAGCAUCAUUGUGUCCAUACACCGUAGAAAGGGAGGAUAAUUGUGUUUAGAUCUAGGGAAUCCGUUUAAAGUUGCUCAGGAAAGUCAUAUGAGAAGGCAGGACACCUUGCCAAUUGGGCGCUAAUAAUGUGCCAGUUUGGACGCCCUGCGAUGUAGAUGAGUUUUGAAUCCAAACUCUUUAGAUUAUUUGAAAGCGUUUAUUGUUAAUUCACUAGACGGUGAAUUGGAAACCGAAUUAUAAAAAGCAAGCUAAAUAAGCCAAGCCUUGCCGUGUUGGAGAAUUCUGCACCCCCCCAUAUUUGUGGUUUUGGCCUAAAUAAUUUGACUAUUUGGUUUUCAAUCCACUACAGUUUAUUGUUUAGUGAAUCAACCCCAGCAUGCCUCUCUUUACAUUCUAUGAGCGCAUAUUAUAAAUAAAUUAAAUGCAGAUAUACGUUGCAGAUAGGACAUCUCAUCUACCAAAAUGAUUAAUAUUCAGGAAUAUAUUAAGUGCCCCACCUUAAAGAUGCUGAGAUUUUAAAUAGCUGCUUGCUUUUGUUCUGUGUUUAAUGCCAUUGCUCUAGUGCUGCGUGGGACACUGUAUCAGGUCCUCUUCUUUAUCUUGGUGAACCCCUAAAUCUUAGUACCUCUCUGAGCUGCGCCCCCAUAGUGUAGUCGUUCUCGGAGAGAUGGACAUUGACAGCAAUAUACCAAAUUGAUAGAAUUAUUUGUGCAUGUUCUCUGGAUCAAAUCUCGCAGAACUAGGCUAGCCAAAGUCGGUGACCUGUCUUGAGAGAGAAAUAUACUAAAUUAUACCUCGAUUCCAGUUCCGGUAGAAGUGGCAGCAGCAAAGUCUCACUAAACGCAGAACCGCUGAUCAGAUCUCCCUCAAAACAGGUUUCCAGCUAUUCUGGAUGAAGAACUAUUAUUCCCACCUUAGUCUUGUCUAACAUUUUCCAGAAAAUCUGUGACUUAUCAGAGACAAAUAUUGAUUUAUUUUUUCCCUUUUCAGCUCCGUACUGACUCUCAAUAUCUCCUUAAUAUAUCCCAUACGAUAUAGAUGAAUAUGACCAUUUUUCUGUACAUUAAAUGUUUCGUGUGAAGAAUUAGGAUGUGAUUGGAUUAAAGAUUUAAUUCUGUGGCCUAACAGAGACGCAAACACUAUAAAUAAAGACACAUUUAUUUUAACACUAAAGUACAUUUUUAGUUUUAAGUAAUCAUUUUGUAAUUUGUUGUUAACCCAGCUUUUAAUGGUUAUGCCCUACUAGGUACUUAAUAAAAUGUAAUUUCUUGAAUUUUGAGGUCUGUUUUCAGAUCAAAAUACUCUAAAAUGAUACAGAGUAAUAGGAGGACUUAUGCUGAACAAAUGUACCAUGUAACAAAUAUGUCUAAACAUCCUGUUUUUUUGUCUUUUUUUUUUAUUUUUAUUUUUUUAUUUGCAAUUCAGAUCUGCCAUUCUGUGCCUUCUCUCAGCUAUUUUGUGUUUUCAGCAGUUUUUCCAAAUCUCCCUGUUCUUGUAAAACGCAAUCCGUACAAAGCGCAGAACGGCGCCGAUUAGCCUUUCGUGCAAGCACUUCUGUAAAGCAAAAUAUUUUAUUUUUUUUGCCUCCUUUUGCUUAGCUUGACCUUUUUUUCAGGUCCCUAAAUACAUUUUUGUAUUUUUUUAUAUAUAAAUAUAUUUUCAGAUUGUGAGUUUCUUUUCGGUUCUUCUUGAUAUUAGAAUUAUGAGUGUUCUAUGUCUGGCAAAGGAUGCGUUGAUUUACCGGUUAACCUAUCCUAGAAUAGUUUGAUUAUAAAAAGGAGCGCAAUGUAAACAUUCGUGAUCACAGUCCCCGUGCAAGAUGUAGAUAGUGCAUUUACUGUGCGUGAUAUAUAUAAAUAUACCAUAGAGACACACACAUUACAUCAAGGCACUUGGGUAGUUUAUGAUUAUGAAUCUAAUUGCUGGUUUUUGUUGUUGUGAUAACAUAAGACUUGCUCGUGCUCUUGCAAAGUUCUGUGAAUUGGGGGUCCAGCCUGUCUGCUCAUGUAGUACAAAUCUUAUGCUUUCAGUGCCAUCUGGAACUUUACGAAUCUCCCAUCCCCCAUCUCCCCAUUUAUCAGAAUAGGGUAAGCAUCACCCUCUCUGCCUUUUGGAUGCAAACAUUUAAGCCUGUAUGGAUAACCUCUAUUUAAACACAUGGGGUAACUGCAAAAACAAUGGGAUUCACAUGAAUGGGAUAAUGUUCUGUUCCUUUUAUCCCCUAAUGUUGGACAGAAGCACGAGUCCCAUUUUGUAAUUCCAGUCUUUACAUUGCUAAAGCACCAGAGAAAUUGUAGCUCUAAAAAUGCUGAAGAUACAGUUUGCCCAUCCCUGAUUUAUCAUUUUGCCUACCAUUUGUAGGGCAGUUCCUUCCCCUAAUGGUUUAGGAGACAACAGCUACGAUGGGAAAAGGUGUCUAGUCUAUUGAAUAACCCGGUUUGAAUUUGUUUAAACCUCUUUCAGUGUCUCUGCUGCCUUGUCGCCUCUGGUAGGCUGAGUGAGAGAGACAUGGCCUUUCAGAUAUAUAGAAGGAAUCUGUAAAAAUAUGUUGUGUAUUAAUAUUAAUAUUCAUGUUGCGAUUUUUCUUUGCGGAAUUAAACAGCCAUAAGUGCACAUAGGAAGCUAUUAUUUAAACUUGUCAGAUAGCCGCUAUACUGUGGUGUGACUCAGUUAUUGAGUUUAGAGACUCAUCUUAUACUAUUAUAUUUUUUUGUUUUUUUAUUUUAGAAAAAUAUUUCUUUGUGGUUUAUAGAAGCCCCACGAGGGCCAUUUGACGGGCACUUUGUAUGUGAUGGACAAUUGCUACAUGUUGAAUUUAGAAUAGUGGGUUCUGAGGUUAAUGAAAAACUGAGCAUUCCUUACUAAGAGAGGACUACAGUAAUCACACUAGUUGAGUAAACACUCCUAAAGGACCACUCUCGGUAAGUCACACCAGUUGAGUGAUCACUCAUUUCUAAACGAACACACUGUCGUACUAGUGACGUUUUCUUUUUUUGUUUUUGAGUUCUUAUAAAAUUGCCAAUCAUCUGUGCUCAUUGGCUGAUAAUUUUGUUUACAGUAAUAUGUUGGAUUUGAGAUUAAUUUGUCUUUUUGAAUUUUGAAAGAAAUGUUUUGCUAAAAUGACCUCCCCUAGCCCCCUUUUACUAAUGAAGAUACUUCUCUUGAAAAUUGUAAAUGAAGGAAAUUUGUUUUCUGUAAUUUGAACUAAUUUAACAUCAAACAGUGACGGAUUUCAUGUGUGACGUUUACAUAUUGGCUUUCCAUUAAAGUACUGAUAUGAAACUAAAAAGCACAUGUUCCCUAUGAGCUAUGCUAACAGGAUUUCUUACAAAAGUGUGAAUUGUCACAAAAGCUGAUGAAAGAUGAUUGAAUAGCUGACCUGGAGAAUUUUUCCAACACACAUUUUUGCCUUUAAAUUUAAUUUACUAUUUAAAAAAAUUGGGAGUGAGAUCGGGAAUAAAAUGUUAAACCGUGUUGUCCAGAUAGACGAUGUAUGACCAAGAUCAUGUUUUUAGAAGAUCCCAAUACAUCCUGAAAUACUCUGAGGAUGGUACGUUGAAUGUCUGCUAGGGAUUAACUCCGGUUUCCUUGGGGGGGUGUAAACAAAACUGAACAUUGUUGAAGUUCUUUCACAUGAAUGUGAAUCCCUCUAUCUAGAGCCUUGGCCCGAAGCUGUCCUGUAAAUAUUAUUCAAGAACAUGCCAGUUUGUUGUUUUUAAAUGUUCACAUCCACCAAAACCACUAUGGAGUUUAUUCACUAAACUCCACCAAAUUAAUAGUAAAUCAUUAGAGUGGGAGAGCCUUUUUCUGCCAAAUGGAGCACUCAGCUCAGGUAUCAUGGACUUUUAAUUAAUUUCUUUAUAGAACAGAGGGGAAGGUUACAUGUGGUGCAUCAGCAUAGCUGAAGACAUGAUCACCGUUUUUGAAUAAAUUAUCCGAUUUAAUUUACUUAUUUAAUUGUAAAAGUUGGGCAAAAAAAGCUCACUGGGGGGGGGAUAAUUAUAGAGUGGCUAUUUUAGCAUAAAUUUGCCAAUUUGGUUAUCAACUCAUAACCAUGUGGGGUUUAGUGAAAUGAAUCCUAUGGUUUCACCAUCCGGUUUACCAGUUGGUACCUGGUUGAACAUCUCAUUGCUCAGGUUUUCAGCAACCCUGAAUAUUGUACGUCCUAAUCUUCGUAGCAUAUCUGAACUUGUUAUAUUGGGUGAGGACCAUUGCACUAUGGCAGUGAUAGGUAACUUGGCACCUUAGAUAUUUGUAAACGGCAUUUACCGUGAUGCUUGGCCAGCCUCAAGUCUACAAAUGCCUUACGUGCCGGGGCACGCCGUCACUGCUCUCAGAGCCUACAACAUAUUGUAGAUUACACUGACGACAUAAAAAUAUUUAUCUGGAACUGAUCUAAGUAAAUGUUGUUAAAUAAUGUCUGUCUUAAGCUGCUCCCCUUGAUUCGCUUGUCAUCUAAUUUAUGUUCUAUUGUGCAUGUUGCAGUUUCACGCCGUCUCUCUUACAGGCCAACAUUAUGUACUAACAUUGGUCUUCUGAUUCACUGUGUUUAUGCUGCACAUGAUCAAAAAAAAAUUGUGGGUAUCAAAAUCCGCUUGCUGUUUUAUUAAAUCAAAUUUCUCCAUU